UUUGCUGCCGACGAGCGGUCCAGGCCAAAAAUGGACCAGCAGAGCGGGCAAAGAGCGUCUGGGCCGAGUGUGGGCAGCAAAGUUGCCUAACAGCCAAUACACAUAAGCACACACAAACACAGUGAAAGGAAACACUCUCUCACACACACGCAUACAGGCGCAGUUUGAGCCAAGUUUGAAGUCGCAACGAAGAUCGGCAGUGGCUUUAAGCUCUUUCACAUUUCAGUUCGUUUUCAGCGCGCGUGCGGUGCGGUUCUCUCUACCAACGGGUCUCCUACGAAGUGUAUACAGUGUGUACCGAGUGCCAGAGUACCAGCCUGUGUGUGUGCACAGAGACAGUGUUACCUGUGUGUUGGCGGAUACCCAGCUGCAGACGCUGCUGCUGCCUGAGCGCAUAAUCUAAGCAACAAAUAUUUAUUGAAUUGCAGUGAAAGUUUACGCCAGGCGUCUGUUAAUUGUUUCAAUUUUACCUUGUGAAAAUUCCAAAAAACCAAACGCGCGCAAACCAAUCAAAAGUGUUCCAAGAAAAGCGUGAAAUAUCGUUAGAUUCCCGCAACAAGAAAUAUAUCCAGUGUGUGUGCCUGUGUAUCUGUGUGUUUCUUUUGACGGCAAAUCGCUUUUGGCAGCUGCUACGGCAGCAAAAGCCAAGCCAAAAGAAGAGAAAAAGCCAACGCUUUUUGCUGGCGUCGAUCUUCGUUUGGCAGCUGUUGGCAGUAUGAACUGAUUUUGGCCGCCAGUUGAUGAAUAAAAUGCAAAAAUGAAAAUAUUUUUGCCACUAGUCACGUGGAUAGUGCUACUACUUUCGAGUGCAGUACAUUCACAAUAUUCACAACAACCGCAACGUAUCCAGACAAAUUUGAGAAAGAACAGUCGAUUUCGUGGCGAGGUAUUCUUCCUGAAUCUCGAGGAUGGCUACUUUGGAUGCCAGGUCAACGAGUCGACAGACUAUUUGCAAUUAUACGAACUAUCGAAACUAUGCGACGGCAAUCAAGACUGCUAUCUUGGUUCCGAUGAGCAAAACAAAGAGCUCAAAUGCACAAAUGACUGUGAUAAGGACGGCACAGUGUGCACACAUGGCGCGUGUUUGAAUGGCGUCUGCCAUUGCAACGAUGGCUAUGGCGGCUGCAAUUGCGUUGACCUAGAUGAGAACGAAUGCAAACAGCAUCCAUGCGAUGUGUUUGCCCAUUGCACAAACACAUUGGGCAGCUAUACGUGUACCUGCUUUCCGGGCUAUCGUGGCAAUGGUAUUCAUUGUGAAGACAUUGACGAAUGCCAAGAUCCCGCGAUAGCAGCGCGAUGCGUGGAGAAUGCCGAGUGCUGUAAUCUGCCGUCGCACUUCCUGUGCAAGUGCAACGAUGGGUACGAGGGCGAUGGUGAAGUGCUCUGCACGGAUGUGGACGAGUGCCGCAAUCCGCAGGCCUGCCCCCCCAAUGCCCAGUGCAUCAAUACGCCAGGCAAUUACACCUGUGCCUGUCCCGAAGGCUUUGUGGGCACCGAUCCCUACAAAGACUGUCAGGACGUGGACGAGUGCACAUAUCCGAAUGUCUGCGGACCCGGUGCCAUAUGUACGAAUCUCGCGGGCAGUUAUCGCUGCGACUGCCCGGUGGGAUACGACGGCGAUGGACGCGCCGACCAAGGAUGCGUGGACCAGGACGAGUGUGCUCGAUCUCCCUGCGGCCGCAAUGCCAAUUGUUUGAAUAAUGAUGGUAGCUUCCGCUGCCUGUGCCCCGAUGGCUACAGCGGGGAUCCCAUGCAUGGCUGCGAGGAUGUCGAUGAAUGCGCCACUAACAAUCCAUGCGGUUCGGGUGCUGAAUGCGUGAACAUGGGCGGUAGCUAUCAAUGUCGUUGUCCCCUCGGCUUUGUCCUCGAGCACGAUCAGAACGCAGAGCCACCUGUUGACGUCCUGCCACUGGGCUAUGGCCAAGGGGACGCCGAUAUACAGACGGCGGUGGUCACAUCGGGCGCGGGCUUAGCCUGCCUGGACAUCGAUGAGUGCAACCAGCCGGAUGGUGUGGCCAAGUGUGGCACCAACGCCAAAUGCAUUAACUUUCCGGGCUCAUAUCGAUGUCUGUGCCCGAGUGGAUUCCAAGGACAGGGCUACUUGCAUUGCGAGAACAUCAACGAGUGUCAGGACAAUCCGUGCGGCGAGAAUGCCAUCUGCACGGACACCAUUGGAAGCUUCGUGUGCACCUGCAAACCGGACUACACCGGCGAUCCCUUCCGCGGCUGUGUGGACAUUGACGAGUGUGCCGCCCUGGACAAACCCUGCGGGCAGCAUGCACAGUGCGAAAACACUGUCCCCGGAUACAACUGCAAGUGUCCGCAGGGCUACGAUGGCAAGCCAGACCCAAAGGUGGCCUGCGAGCAGGUGGAUGUGAACAUCCUGUGCCGCAGCAACUUUGAUUGCACCAACAAUGCGGAGUGCAUUGAGAACCAGUGCUUCUGUUUGGACGGCUUCGAGCCCAUUGGCGCCAGUUGUGUGGACAUCGACGAGUGUCGUACCCAUGCAGAGGCCUGCGGACAGCAUGCCCAGUGCCUGAACACGCCCGGUUCGUAUCGGUGCGACUGUGAGGCUGGAUAUGUGGGCAGUCCCCCAAGAAUGGCCUGCAAGCAGCCCUGCGAGGAUGUACGCUGUGGACCGCAUGCCUACUGCAAACCGGACCAGAACGAGGCCUACUGUGUCUGCGAGGAGGGAUGGACCUACAAUCCCAGUGAUGUGGCCGCCGGUUGUGUGGACAUUGACGAAUGCGAUGUGCUGCACGGGCCCUUUGGCAGCUGUGGCCAGAAUGCCACCUGCUCCAACACCGCUGGCGGCUACUCGUGCGCCUGUCCGCCUGGAUACUCUGGAGAUCCGCACAGCAAGUGCGUGGAUGUGGACGAGUGCCGGACUGGCAGUAAAUGCGGUUCGGGUGCCGAGUGUGUGAAUAUGCCCGGCGGUGGCUACACCUGUCGCUGCCCCGAGCACACCAUUGCCGAUCCCGAUCCCAGUGUGCGGUGCGUACCCAUCGUGAGCUGCACGACCAAUGAGAAUUGCCCCGGAAAUGCCAUCUGCGAUGAAACGAAGCGUUGUCUGUGCCCGGAACCGAACAUAGGAAACGAUUGUCGGCAUCCGUGCGAAACGCAGGACUGUGGAGCUCAUGCCCAGUGCAUGCUGGCCAAUGGUCAGGCGCAGUGCCUCUGUGCACCCGGAUACACAGGAAAUGCUGCGCUACCCGGCGGCUGCAACGACAUCGAUGAGUGUCGGGCCAAUCCAUGUGCGGAGAAGGCCAUUUGCACAAACACAGCUGGUGGAUAUCUGUGCCAGUGUCCUGGCGGAUCAUCUGGCGAUGCUUACCGCGACGGCUGCGCCACAUCCAAGAGUGCAGGCUGCUCCGACGCUAAUCCAUGUGCUGCUGGCGAGAGCUGCGUGCAGGAUUCGUACACCGGAAACAGUGUCUGCAUCUGCCGACAGGGCUACGAGCGUAAUCCGGAGAACGGCCAGUGCCAGGACCUAGACGAGUGCUCGGCGCUGCGCGGCAAGCCAGCUUGUGGACUGAAUGCUCUGUGCAAGAAUCUGCCUGGAAGCUACGAGUGCCGCUGCCCGCAGGGCCACACCGGCAACCCCUUCAUCAUGUGCGAGAUCUGCAGCACCCCAGAGUGCCAGUGCCAAGCGCCGUACAAGCUGCUGGGCAACGCCUGCGUGCUCGCAGGCUGCUCCAGUGGCGGCCAGGCCUGCCCCAGUGGCGCGGAGUGCAUCUCCAUUGCCGGUGGCGUGAGCUACUGUGCCUGCCCCAAGGGAUACCAGACGCAGCCGGACGGAACCUGUGCGGAUGUCAACGAGUGCGAGGAGCGCGGCACCCAGCUCUGUGCCUUUGGUGCUCAGUGCGUGAACCAGGCCGGAGGCUACACAUGCCACUGCCCCGAGGGCUACCUGGGGGAUGCCUACAACGGACUCUGUGCUCCGGCCCAAAGGAAGUGCGCUGCGGACAAGGAGUGCGCCAGCAACGAGAAGUGCAUCCAGCCGGGAGAGUGUGUCUGCCCGCCGCCGUACUUCCUCGAUCCUCAGGACAACAACAAGUGCAAGAGCCCCUGCGAGCGAUUCCCCUGCGGCAUCAACGCCAAGUGCACGCCCUCGGAUCCCCCGCAAUGCAUGUGCGAGGCGGGCUUCAAGGGCGAUCCACUGCUCGGCUGCACGGACGAGGAUGAGUGCGCCCAUCUGCCAUGCGCCUAUGGCGCCUACUGUGUCAACAAGAAGGGCGGAUAUCAGUGUGUUUGCCCCAAGGGCUUCACCGGAGACCCAUACAAGAGCGGCUGCAUCUUUGAGAAUGGAACGCCAAAGAGCAAGUGCCUCAGCAACGAGGAUUGCGCGAGUAAUUUGGCCUGCCUGGAUGGCAGUUGUUUGAGUCCCUGCGCCAGUCUACUGUGCGGUUCGAAUGCCUACUGCGAGACGGAACAGCAUGCGGGAUGGUGUCGCUGUCGCGUUGGUUUCGUCAAGAAUGCCGAUGGCGAGUGCGUCUCCCAGUGCCAGGAUGUGAUUUGCGGCGAAGGAGCCCUGUGCAUACCCACCAGCGAUGGACCCACCUGCAAGUGUCCGCAGGGACAGCUGGGUAAUCCCUUCCCAGGCGGCAGCUGCAGCACGGAUCAGUGCACAGCCUCCCGACCCUGCGACGAACGUCAGAUCUGCAUCAAUGGACGCUGCAAGGAGCGUUGCGAUGGCGUCGUCUGCGGCAUUGGAGCCACCUGCGACAAGAACAAUGGAAAGUGCGUCUGCGAACCGAACUUUGUCGGCAAUCCCGAUCUCCUGUGCAUGCCACCCAUCGAGAUGGCCAAGUGCUCUCCGGGAUGUGGAGACAAUGCUCAUUGCGAGUAUGGAUUGGGACAGAGCCGUUGUGCCUGCAAUCCUGGAACCUAUGGCAAUCCCUACGAGGGCUGUGGUGCCCAGAGCAAGAAUGUCUGCCAGCCGAAUAGCUGUGGCCCCAAUGCAGAAUGUCGCGCUGUUGGCAAUCACAUCACGUGCCUCUGUCCGCAGGGCUUCAGUGGCAAUCCCCAUGUGGGUUGCCAGGACGUGAACGAAUGUACCAACAAACCGUGCGGCCUUAAUGCCGCCUGCCUCAACACCGCCGGCGGCUUUGAAUGCCUUUGUCUGUCCGGCCAUGCCGGCAAUCCCUACAGCAGCUGCCAACCGAUCGAGAGCCGUUUCUGCCAGGAUGCCAACAAGUGCCAGUGCAACGAGCGAGUGGAGUGCCCCGAAGGCUACAGCUGCCAGAAGGGACAGUGCAAGAAUCUCUGCUCCAAGGCGGCGUGUGGACCUCGUGCCAUCUGCGAUGCUGGAAAGUGUCUCUGCCCGAUGGGCUACAUCGGCGAUCCGCACGAUCUCAGCGAGGGUUGCAGCGUGCGUGGACAGUGUGGCAACGAUGCCGACUGUCGUCAUACGGAGAUCUGCUUCCAGCUGGGCAGAGGUCUGCGCAAGUGCGUGGAUGCCUGCUCGAAGAUCCAGUGCGGUCCGAACGCCCUCUGUGUGGCCGACGAUCAUCGCUCGUCGUGCAUCUGCUCGGACGGUUUCUUUGGCAAUCCAAGCAAUCUUCAAGUUGGCUGCCAGCCGGAACGUACGAUACCCGAACUGGAGGACAAGUGCAAGACGGACAAAGACUGCGAGCGCGGCUUCGGCUGCCAGACAUCAUCAGCCCAUGGCACUCGGGAGUGCAUCAAUCUCUGCACGAAUGUGGUCUGCGGACCGAACGAGCUGUGCAAGAUUAAUCCAGCCGGACAUGCCAACUGCAAUUGUGCCGAGAGCUUCGUGUGGAACCCGGUGGUCUCCUCGUGUGAGAAACCAUCGCUGCCCGACUGCACCAGCGAUGCCAACUGUCCGGAUGCCUCUGCCUGUCGCCCCGAUGUCCUCGGUGUGCUGAAGUGCGUGGCCAUCUGUGAUGCCUUCACCUGUCCGGCCAAUGCCAUUUGUGUGGCCCGUCAGCACCAGGGACGUUGCGAUUGCCUGAAUGGUUUUGUGGGCAAUCCCAACGAUAGAAAUGGCUGCCAGCCGGCGCAGAAGCAUCAGUGCCGCAGCCAUGCCGAGUGCCAGGAGUCGGAGGCCUGCAUCAAGGAUGAGGCCACCCAAACGCUAAGUUGUCGCCCGUCCUGUGAAUCGGUCAAGUGCGGUCCCCGUGCCGUGUGCAUCACGAACAACCAUCAGGCACAGUGCCAGUGUCCGCCCGGACCGUUUGCCGGUGAUCCGUACGAUCCAUUCAACGGCUGCCAGAGCGUGCCGUGCGUCUACAAUCAUGACUGUCCCACCACCCAAAUGUGCAAUCGGAUGACCCACACCUGCUUCGAUGUCUGCGACGAGGAGUCGUGUGGCGAGAAUGCCAUCUGCUUGGCCGAGGAUCAUCGCGCCGUGUGCCAAUGCCCGCCCGGCUUCCGUGCCGACCCACUUCCUGAGGUGGCAUGCACCAAACAGAGCGGCUGUGCCGCCGGAACAUGCCAUUCCUCAGCCAUUUGUGAGGUCACACCCGAAGGACCCAUCUGCAAGUGUCCACCGCAUUUUGUGGGUGGACCCAAGAGCGAGGGCUGCCGUCCAGAUGGACAGUGUCCCAAUGGUGAUGCCGAUUGUCCAGCGAACACAAUUUGCGCCGGCGGAAGGUGCCAGAAUCCGUGCGAUAAUGCCUGCGGAUCGAAUGCCGAUUGCAAGGUGGUUAACCGAAAGCCUGUCUGCAGCUGUCCGCUGCGCUUCCAGCCGAUCUCCGACACGGCCAAGGACGGAUGCGCCCGUAGCGCCUCCAAGUGCUUAACCGACGUGGACUGCGGCGGGGAGCUGUGCUUUAAUGGCCAGUGCCGCAUCGCGUGCCGCAACUCGCAGGACUGCUCCGACGGCGAGAGCUGCCUGAACAACGUCUGUGUGGUGGCCUGCCUGGACCACAGCCAGUGCGGCCAAGGCCUGGCUUGCGUUGAGGGUCACUGCACCAUCGGCUGCCGCAGCAACAAGGAGUGCAAACAAGACCAGUCCUGCAUCGAGAACAAGUGCCUCAAUCCCUGCCAGUCCGGCAACAGCUGCGGCCCCAAUGCCCUGUGCAGCAUUGCCCAGCAUCGCAGUCAGUGCAGCUGCCCGGAGGGCUUCGAGGGAAAUCCCACGCCCGAACAGGGUUGCGUACGAGUACCCGCCCCCUGUUUGGCGAGCAAUCAAUGCCCCAACGGACACAUGUGCAUCGGCAACCAGUGCAAUCUGCCAUGCACCAAGACCUCCUCCUGCGCGAUUGGAGAGCGCUGCUACCAGCAGGUGUGCCGUAAGGUCUGCUACACCAGCAACAACUGUCUGGCCGGAGAGAUUUGUAAUGCGGAUCGCACCUGUCAGCCAGGAUGCGACUCUGAUGCGGAUUGCCCACCCACGGAGCUGUGCCUCACCGGAAAGUGCAAGUGCGCCGUCGGAUUUAUUGGCACGCCCUUCGGCUGCUCGGACAUCGAUGAGUGCACGGAGCAGCCGUGCCAUGCCAGUGCCCGGUGCGAGAAUGUCCCUGGAUCCUAUCGCUGUGUGUGUCCCGAGGGCACAGUCGGCGAUGGCUACACCAAGCAGGGUUGCUCCCAGGGACGCCAAUGCCAUCAACCAGACGAUUGUGCCAACAACUUGGCCUGCAUCUCUGGCAAGUGCACAGAUCCGUGCCUUCAGACCGUGUGCGGAUCCAAUGCCCUUUGCCAGUCCGAGGGACAUGAGGCUCAGUGCAGCUGUCCCGCUGGAUAUUUGGGUGAUCCGAAUGAUACAGGAGUCGGCUGCUUCAAGGUGGAGUGCAUCGAUCAUGUGGACUGUGCCAGCGAUCGUGCCUGUGAUGCGGAGACGAAUCGCUGCAUCAAACCAUGCGACCUAACCGGCUGCGGCAAAGGAAACUGCGAGGUGUCCGAUCACAAGGCCGUCUGUGUCUGCUACGAGGGAUACCAGCUGGUCAGCGGUGGAGUCUGUGAGGAUGUCAACGAAUGUUUAUCCCAGCCAUGCCACAGCACAGCCUUUUGCAACAAUCUGCCGGGAAGCUACAGCUGCCAGUGCCCCGAGGGACUCAUUGGAGAUCCCCUGCAGGCCGGCUGCCGCGAUCCCAGCGAAUGCCUCAGCGAUGUCGAUUGUCCCGCCACAGCCAGUUGCCAGAACUCUCGAUGCCGCAGUCCCUGCGAACGACAGAAUGCGUGCGGCAUCAAUGCCAAUUGUCAGGCCCAGAGCCACCAAGCCGUGUGCACCUGCUCAGCAAAUUCACGCGGCGAUCCUCUCGUCGAGUGCGUACACAUCGAGUGCUCAGACAACGACGACUGUUCCGGCGACAAGGCCUGUCUAGAUGCCAAAUGUAUUGAUCCCUGCUCCCUGCCCAAUGCCUGCGGAGCCCAGGCGCUCUGUUCGGUCCAGAAUCACAUUGGAGUCUGCGCCUGCGAGUCGGGCAGCACCGGAGAUGCCAAACAGGGAUGUGUGCCACUGCAAUACUGUCAGCAGGAUGCACAGUGCGCACAGGGAAGCAUUUGCUCGCAUGGCAUCUGCAGUCCCCUCUGCAGCACCAAUCGCGAUUGUAUCUCGGAGCAGCUGUGCCUUCAGGGUGUCUGCCAGGGCACCUGUAAAUCCAACACGACCUGUCCCCAGUUCCAGUUCUGCUCGAACAACAUUUGCACCAAGGAGCUGGAGUGCGGCGCCAACACGGAUUGUGGCGAGGACGAGACAUGCCUUAUGGAUGCCUACGGACGAGCGCGCUGUGAGCCUGUUUGCCUGGGCCGUGCCGCCUGUGGCCGCAAUGCUGAGUGUGUGGCUCGCUCUCAUUCUCCGGAUUGUAUUUGCAAGGAUGGAUUCUUUGGGGAUGCCAAGUCGGGCUGCCGCAAGAUCGAGUGCAGCAGCGAUGAGGACUGCUCGAACGACAAGAGCUGCGAUAAUCACAUGUGCAAGAUCGCCUGCCUUAUUGGCCAGCCCUGCGGGGAGAAUGCUCUCUGCACCACGGAACACCAUCAGCAGGUGUGCCACUGCCAGCCCGGCUUCAGUGGCGACCCCCGCGUGCGUUGCGAUGUCAUUGACUUUUGUCGGGAUGCUCCGUGCGGACCCGGUGCCCGUUGCCGGAACUCGCGCGGCUCCUAUAAGUGUAGCUGUCCCCCCGGCCUCGUUGGUGACCCUUAUAACGAGGGCUGUCGCAGCUCCGUAGAGUGCGAAACCGACGAGGACUGUCCCCCGCAUGCUGCAUGUACCAAAACUAACGGCGUGGCCAAGUGCCACGAUGUGUGCGCCCAGCUGCAGUGUGGCCCCAACGCGGAAUGUGUUCCGAAGGGCCACAUCGCACACUGUGCAUGCCGUAUGGGCUAUGACGGCCAACCCGCUGACCGGGUGGCCGGCUGUAAGCCAUUGCCCGUUCCCUGUCAGGUCACCGGCGACUGUCCCACAAACACCUACUGCUCGGAUAGCGUCUGCAAACCUGCCUGCGUGCUGGACACCGAGUGUGGGCCGUCGGAGGUUUGCCAGGGCGGCCAAUGCUUCAAUCCAUGUGUCCAGCCCCAGGCUUGUGGCCAGAAUGCCGAAUGCGUGAUGUUGAAUCACCUGAAACAGUGCCACUGCCCGGAGGGCUUCACCGGAGACUCGUCGAAGGAAUGUGUCCGGGUGCCAGUGGCCUGCGAUGGUGACUGCUCGCCUGGCUACACCUGCCGCGACUUCAUGUGCCUUCCUGCGUGCAACAACGAUCUAGAGUGUGCCUCCAAUGAGAAAUGCUUGAAGGGCAAUUGCAUGCUGACCUGCCGCGUGGAUAACGAUUGCUUCUUGGGGCAUGUGUGCCUGCACAACAAGUGCGUCUACGGCUGCCAUGUGGAUGAUGACUGCAGUGCCUCGGAGUCCUGCCGCAACGAUAAGUGUGUGAAUCCCUGUGUGGAGAGUCCCUGCGGGCCCAAUGCCGCCUGCUCGGUGUCCAAUCAUCGGGCCACAUGCAGCUGCUUGGAGAGCAUGGUGCCCAAUCCCACGCCCCAGGUGGGCUGUGUGCGUGCCCCACCGCUCGAGUGCCGCGAGAAUCGUGACUGCGGCAAUGGACUGGCCUGCUUCGAGUCUGUGUGCCGCCCCUUGUGCGCCGACGAUGCCGGCUGCCUGACCAACGAGCGGUGCCAGCAGGGCGUCUGCAAGCCACUCUGUCGCCACGACAACGAGUGCGCCCACGGCGAACUGUGUCUGGGACUCAACUGCGUGCCCGGCUGUCGCUCCGACCAGGGCUGCCCAUCCGAACUCUCGUGCAUUGCCCAACAGUGCGUGGAUCCAUGCGCGGACCCCACCGCCUGUGGAACGAAUGCCCUCUGCCAGACUAUUGACCACCGCAAACAGUGUACUUGCCCGGAGGGACUUAGCGGCAAGGCCAACGUGGCCUGCAAGGUGCCGCGCAUCGCCUGCGGACGCAACGAGGACUGCCAGAACAACCAGUUGUGCUACGCCGGAAGCUGUCAGGGCAAGUGCCGCAACGAUCAGAACUGUCUAUCGGACGAGCGCUGUAUGCGCGGAACCUGCCGCACCGUCUGCAACACGGACGAAGCCUGUUCCCAGGGCCAGAUCUGUGAGAAUCGUGUCUGUCAAACCGGUUGCCGCAACGACCUGAGCUGUGCCACCGACGAAGCCUGCGUGAACAAAAAGUGCCAGAAUCCAUGCCGCAGCCCCGGUCAGUGCGGCCAGUGUGCCGACUGUCUGGUGGUGAAUCAUGGCGUUCAGUGCCAGUGUCCGGCCUCCUUCAUUGGCGACGGCCUCACCGGCUGCCAACUGCCAGCGGAACGCUGCCAUCCUGGAUGCGAAUGCGACGAGAACGGAGCCUACUGCGCCACCAAGUGCUCCCGAACAGAGGACUGUGCCUGCGGACAGCAAUGCGCGCGCGGCAAGUGCCGCAACAAGUGCGGACCCAAGCGACAGUGCACCGUGGGACAGUUGUGCGAGCGAGGAGCCUGCAUUGCCGGCUGCAAGUCCAACAGUGACUGUGCCGCCGACCAGAGCUGCGUGCGCGGCAAGUGCACGGACCCAUGUGCCGACGACAAGGCCUGUGGUCGCAAUGCCCUGUGCACCGUUUCCGAACAUAGAAUGCUGUGCUACUGCCCCGAUGGCUACGAGGGAGAACCCAGCAAGGAGUGCGUGCAGUUUGAGUGCCGCCAGGACGCGGACUGCGACAGCAGCAAGCGAUGCGAUGGCGGCAAGUGCCGCAAUCCAUGCCUGGAGUACGGUGCCUGUGGCACCAAUGCUCAAUGCCGUGUGGUUAAUCGCCAGGCCCAAUGCUCCUGCCCACCCGACUUCUUUGGCAAUCCCGCCAGUGAAUGCCAGCCCCUGGAUGGCGGCUGCUCCAACAGCCCGUGUGGCGUCAACUCCAAGUGUACCGAAGUGCCCGGCGGCUAUGAGUGCGCCUGCAUGGAUGGCUGCAUCGGGGAUGCCAACAAGGGAUGCCUCUGCGAGGGACCUCUAGUGAAUGCCUGCCAUGAUCAUCCAUGCGGCUUGAAUGCUGCCUGCCAUGUAGUUGGCAACGACCAAGCCGAGUGCUACUGCCCGGAGGACUUCCCCAAUGGCGAUGCCUAUGUGCAAUGUUAUUUGACACCGCCGCAGCAGGACUGCCGCACUCUCGGCUGCGAUGUGGGAGACUGUGUGCGCCAUGGCUAUGACUAUGUGUGCCAGCAGGACACCGAACAAUGCUACUCAGAUACGGAUUGUCCCAGUGAAAAAUCAUGCCUCCAAGGACACUGCAGCGAUCCUUGUACAAUGCGUGGCGCGUGCGGCUCGAAUGCGCUAUGCAAAACUGUUCUGCAUCGUCCGCGCUGCUCCUGUCCAAGCUGUCACAUCGGCCGGCCCGAGGUCGAGUGCAAGCCCGAUCCCAAUUGUCUCACCGAUGACAUGGAUGCCAAGACCAAGGAGCAGAUACCAUGCUCCAGUGACAACGAAUGUCCGGAGACAUUGCAGUGCGGCCAGUACGGCCAGUGCACAGAUCCAUGCAAUAAUCCCCUCUUCAUUUGCGAGAGCAACAAAAAGUGCGAGACACGACGCCACCAACCUGUUUGCAUUUGCAAAUCGGGAUUCAUAGUCAACGAGUACGGAGAGCUGACGUGUGCACCGGAUAAGCGGGAAUGCUAUCGUGAUGAUGACUGUGCCUCGAAUAUGGCCUGCACGGAUGGCAAAUGCCGGAACCCAUGUAUUGUGCCUUUGGGCCGGGCACCGAUCUGUGCCGAGAAUAAGUCCUGCGAGGUACAGAACCACAAGCCAGUGUGCAUCUGCAUGCGAGACUGUCAGCCCUCGAUAUCAAUUUGCCUGCGUGAUGCCGGCUGUCCGGCCGGCCUCGCUUGCCGCAAAUUGCAGUGCGUCGAUCCGUGCAAGUUUGCAACAUGCGCCCCCAACUCGCCAUGCAUUGUCGAGGAUCACAAGCCGAUAUGUAAAUUCUGCCCACCUGGAUUUAUAGCCGAUGCCAAAUAUGGAUGUCAAAAAGAAAUCGGUUGCGCAUCAAGUGAUGAGUGCCCCACCCAGCAGGCGUGCAUCAAUGCGCUCUGCGUGGAUCCCUGUACCUACAGUAAUCCGUGCAGCCGUACCGAAGAUUGUCGUGUUCUCAACCAUCAGCCUUUCUGCUCUGCAGAAAUGGGUCGCACUCCUGGCUGUGAGCACUGUCCGCCGGGUGCCAAUUGCGAUCCCACCACUGGUGCUUGUAUCAAGGCUAAUGUAACAAUAACUACUAGUACUACCAAGAAACAAAGAACAACCAAGAGACCAACACCAACACCAAGAACAACUACAACUACAACCAAAACAACAACCACAACCACUACAACUGCUAACCCAAACACAGGUGUCAAAAAACCAACACCGACCACCACCACCACUACCUCCACUAGCACUGAAUCGAGCACAGCAACCACAAGCGCUACUAACCAAACAACCAGUAAGAGUAAAACACCAGACACCGAAAGCACAACUUCCCAUACGGAUGCCACUAGGCGGUACCGUGAUGGUGAGAACAAUAUAACCGAUACGCCGACGGCAAGGCCAUCGGUGGCAACGACCAAGUUGGGUGGUGAAGAUAGCUACAGUGAUCGGCGCACCACAACAACGCCAAAGAUGAAGACAACGCGUCUGGAUACAUCCAAUGAGGUGCCCGACACGACAACGAACUGGCCGAUCGAGCUGCCAACCACUGAUGGCACCACAACGGAGAUGUACAGCACAAUAAUUGUCCCUCUGGCGGGAAACAACGGCACCACCACCACUGACAUCUCAUUAAUUAACCCAUGUACAGUAGAUACUAACUGUGCCUCUAACGAGCACUGUAAGCUGGGCAAUUGCCGUAAGAAAGAGCCACCGGGUUCACCGAAAACACCAGAGCCCUGCCAAUCGAACAACGAUUGCAUUGAGAGCGAGGCCUGUUAUAUGGGUCUGUGCCAGGAUCCGUGCGAAUUUGCCAAGAUAUGCGCCGCAAGUGCCAAGUGUACGGCUAAGAGUCAUCGACCCAUAUGCACCUGUCCGCAGGGACAUGAGGGCAAUCCAAUGGUCAAGUGUGUGCCCACCGAAACCUCAAUUGAAUGCACAGAAAAUACCGACUGCGGUGUCACGGAGGCUUGCAUUAAUCAGAGAUGCCAGCAUCCAUGCGAUGUCCAUGAUCCCUGUGCCACGAAUGCCAUUUGCAUCAACACCAACCAUGCUGCGGACUGCAGUUGUGGCGAUGGUUUCCAGGGCAAUGGACGUGUCGGCUGUCAGCCAGCACGCACCCAUGUCUGCCAAUACAACGAGGACUGUCCACCGACGAAGCUUUGCGAUCGCCUCAAUCGUCGCUGCAUCAAUCCCUGCCAAGAGGAUUCCUGUGGCGAGAAUGCCGAGUGCGUACCCGUCAACCACGGCACCGAUUGUCGCUGCCUGCCCGGCUUCCUGGGCAAUGCCUAUGUGCAGUGUUCGCCGCUGCAGGGAUGUCGUGCCGACACCGAGUGCGAUUCUAGUCAGGCCUGCAUCAAUGGAAAGUGUGCAUCGCCCUGCCAGUGCGGAGCUUUUGCCCUCUGCGAUGUGAUCAACCAUCGUGGGGUGUGCAAGUGCCCGCCUGGAUAUAAUGGAAAUCCCCAGGUGGGCUGCAGUCCACCGCAGAAUCCCUGUGAUCCCAAUCCCUGUGGCCUCAGUGCCCUGUGCGAACUGGACAACGGCAAUCCAAUUUGUUAUUGUCCCAAGGGACUCACGGGAAAUCCAUUCAAGAAUUGCAUCCCGGAAGGCGAUGAAUGCACACCGAAUCCAUGCGGACCCAACUCUGGAUGUCGUCGCGUUGAUGGUCAACCCAUCUGCUUCUGCCUGCCCGAAUACGAGGGUCAGCCACCGUCGAUAGCCUGCGAGCUUCCAUCGAACCCAUGCGAACCGUCGCCAUGCGGCCCCAACACACAGUGCUCUGUGCUGAGCAACGGCUUCUCCAAGUGCACCUGCCUGCCGGGCUACGUGGAAAGUCCCAACACCAUUCGGGGCUGUGUGGAGCCGAUCAACCCAUGCGAUCCCAGUCCCUGUGGCACUGGUGCCAUCUGCGACUCGUCGCGUCAGCCAGUGUGCUACUGUCCAGACAACAAGAUUGGAAAUCCCUUCAGGCUGUGCGAGAAGCCCGCGGUGUCGGUUGAGCUAUGUCAGCCAGGUCCUUGUGGCCGGAAUGCCGACUGCUAUGUGGCCGGCAAUCGUGAGGAAUGCUACUGUCGCUCUGGAUAUGUCGGCGAUGCCUACCAAGGAUGCCGCGAGCCAAGUCGUACCGUCUGCGACCCUAAUCCAUGCGGCCCCAAUGCCAAUUGCGUUGUGGCCGGCGAUGGACAGACCGCCUGCGUGUGCCCCGAAGGUCUCUCAGGGGACCCAACAUCUCUUGUGGGCUGUCACGGCUAUGAGUGUCAGGUGGAUGCCGAUUGUCCACACAGCAAGGCCUGCAUGGGCUUCCGUUGCUACGAUCCCUGCCCCGGAGCUUGCGGCCAUGGAGCCAACUGCCGCGUUGAGGAGCACCAUCCCGUGUGCUCGUGCAAUGCUGGCUUGACUGGCAACCCAGGAGUCCGUUGCUAUGCCCUGGACCAUCCGAAGACCAAUCCGUGUGUGCCCAGUCCCUGUGGCGUUAAUAGCGAGUGCAAGUUGCUCAACAAUCGCGCCGUUUGCUCCUGCAUUCCCGGCUACCUGGGAGACCCAGAGUCGGGUUGCCAGCCGGAAUGUGACAUCAACUCGGACUGCGGCGAAACCUUGUCGUGCAUCAACCACAAGUGCGUGGAUCCCUGUGCGGGUGCCAUUUGCGGUAUCAAUGCCAUUUGCAAUGUCCGCCAGCAUACGCCAGUGUGCCAUUGCUUGGACGGAUUCGCCGGCGAUGCCUUCCUGCAGUGCGUGCCGAUUGGCAUUUUGAAGAACGUUUCCCGUGACCCGUGUGCGCCAUCACCCUGUGGACCACGCGACGUUUGCUCGGUCUAUGGCGAUGGUGUGGCAUUGUGUGAUCCCUGCUUUGGACCCAAUGCCCAGCAGAAUCCCCGCUGCCGACCGGAAUGCGUGGCCAACUCAGACUGCCCCUUCGAUCGUGCCUGUUUGGGUCAGCGUUGCCUCGAUCCCUGCCCCGGUUCUUGCGGUCGCAAUGCCGCGUGCAAUGUGUAUGAGCAUAAUCCGGUGUGUUCCUGUCCCGCAGGACUCUAUGGAAAUCCCUACGAACAGUGCACCAUUCAAUCGGCAAUUGUGCCAACACCAGCGCCAAGCUGCGCGAAGCUGCAGUGCGGUGCCAAUGCUGAGUGCAAGCGUGCCCCCGGUGGCCUCGCCUGCGUCUGCCGUAAGGGAUACUUUGGUGAUCCACAUAUCGGCUGUCGCCCAGAGUGCGUACUCAAUAGCGACUGCCCUGCGGACAAGGCCUGCAUGAACUCCAAGUGUGUAGAGGCCUGUGCCGGCGUGUGUGGCAUCAACGCCGUAUGCCGUGUGGUAAACCAUGCCCCAGUGUGCAUCUGUUCCGAGGGUUACAGUGGAGAUGCAUCCAUUUCCUGCAACCCCUACUAUCUGCCACCCGAUUCAACGCCCAUUGUGCGGCCUCAUCCUUGCGAACCAUCGCCCUGCGGUCCCAAUUCACGCUGUCUGGCCACCUCCGAGGGAUAUGCCGCCUGCUCCUGCCUGCCCAACUUCAAGGGUGCACCGCCCGUCUGCCAGCCCGAGUGCGUCGUCAGCUCCGAGUGUGCCCCCAACCAGGCUUGUCUGAAUCAGAGAUGCGCAGAUCCCUGUCCAGGUAUCUGCGGUGUCGGAGCGCGCUGCGAGGUUCUCAAUCACAAUCCAAUUUGCUCUUGCGAGCAAAAGUUCGAGGGAGAUCCGUUCGUUGCCUGCUCGCCCAUACCCGAGCCGGGACGUGAGGUUGAUCUGCCAAAGAAUCCGUGCGUGCCCUCGCCCUGUGGACCCAACUCCAUCUGCCAGAUCAAACAGAACCGCCCCGUGUGCUCGUGUGUGGCCAACUACAUCGGCAGCCCGCCCUAUUGCCGUCCAGAGUGUACCCUGAGCAGCGAGUGUCCCUCGGACAAGGCCUGCAUCCAUGAGAAGUGCCAGAACCCGUGCGCCAAUGUCUGUGGACACAAUGCCCGCUGCACGGUCAUCGCGCACUCUGCUCACUGCAGCUGCGACCAGGGCUACGAGGGAGAUGCCUUCAUCGGCUGCUCCCAGACAAAGGAAGAGAAAUCCGGUGAUGACUUUGGACCCUGCUAUCCCAAUCCUUGUGCUGAGAACGCUGUGUGCACCCCACACAAUAAUGCAGCUCGCUGUAGCUGCAUAGAGCCGUACUUUGGCGAUCCGUACAGCACUGGCUGCCGUCCCGAAUGUAUCUACAGCUCGGAAUGCCCCUCAUCGCUGGCGUGCAUCAAGCAGCACUGUCGCAAUCCCUGCACCGGUGCGUGUGGACCCAAUGCCGAGUGUGCGGUGGUUAACCACUUGCCAUCCUGCAUCUGUUCACGUGGCCACGAGGGCGAUCCGUUCGUGGGCUGCAAGCGUAUGCCCGUGGGACCUGUGAGCGUCUGUGAGCCAAAUCCCUGUGGACCCAACAGCAUCUGCCGUACGGUGGAAGGCCAUCCCACAUGCAGCUGCCAGGUAGGGUACUUUGGUGCCCCGCCCCAGUGCCGACCCGAGUGCGUCGUCAGCUCGGAGUGCUCGCAGCAUUUGGCAUGCAUCAACCAGAAGUGUGCCGAUCCUUGUGCCGAAACCUGCGGCUUCAAUGCCAAGUGUCAAGUGAAAAACCACAAUCCGAUAUGCUCCUGUCCCAACGACUACAUAGGCGAUCCCUUCGAGCAAUGUGUGCCCAAGCCAUCUGAACCUCCACGCAAUGUGGAUCCCUGCCUGCCCAGUCCAUGCGGACCCAAUGCCAAUUGCCGGAAUGUGAAUAAUCGCGCUGAGUGCUCCUGUGCUCAGGGCAUGUUCGGUGCUCCACCGAGCUGCCGACCCGAGUGCGUUAUUAAUGAAGAUUGUCCAUCGAAUCGCGCUUGCAUUCGACAAAGAUGCGAGGAUCCUUGCAUUGGAAUCUGUGGCUUUAAUGCCCAGUGCUCCACACAGAACCAUCAGCCCAAGUGCGGUUGCAUUGAGGGCUUCGAGGGCGACCCGUACACCGGUUGCAAUAUGCGAGAGAUCGUGGUCCUGGACCAACCCACCGAUCCAUGUCACCCAUCCCCAUGUGGUGCGAAUGCCAUUUGUCGCGAACGCAACGGUGCCGGUUCCUGCAGCUGCAUCCAGAAUUAUUUCGGUGAUCCAUACAUUAAUUGCCGCCCCGAGUGCGUGCAGAACAGUGACUGCCCCGCGAGCCGGGCCUGCCUCAAUAUGAAGUGUCGCGAUCCGUGCGAAAAUGCCUGUGGCUUCAAUGCCAUCUGUCGAGUGGCCCAUCACCAGGCGGUCUGUAGCUGUGAGCCCGGUUUCACGGGCAAUCCACAACGUGCCUGCGUCGAACGUCCCUCAAAUAUGUACCUGCCCUUGCCCAAAGACCCUUGUAGACCAUCGCCCUGUGGCUUGUUUAGCACUUGCCACGUGGCUGGCGAUCAUCCCGUCUGCGCUUGCCUGCCGGACUACCUUGGUGUUCCGCCCAACUGCAAGCCAGAGUGCCGCACCAGUGGGGAAUGUCCCUCGGAUAGGGCGUGUAUCAAUCAACGUUGCCGCGAUCCCUGUCCCGGCACCUGUGGCUACAAUGCGCGUUGUCGCUGCACGAAUCACUCUCCCAUUUGUAGCUGCAUCGAUGGCUACACUGGAGAUCCGUUCCACCAGUGUCUGCCCGAAAGAAAACCAGCACCAAUACCAGACCCCAUUGUGCCAUUGAAUCCCUGCGUGCCAUCGCCCUGCGGCCCCAACUCUCAGUGCCAGGUGGCCAGCACCGGAGCCGUGUGCUCCUGCGUGGCCAACUACAUUGGACGUCCGCCGGCCUGCCGGCCAGAGUGUAGCAUCAAUUCGGAGUGCCCCGCCCGGAUGGCCUGCAUGAAUGCGCGUUGUGCCGACCCGUGCAUCGGUUCCUGCGGCAACAAUGCCCUCUGUCACGUCAGCCAGCAUGCACCCGUGUGCAUGUGCGAGCCUGGGUUCAGCGGCGAUCCCUUCUCCGGCUGCUACAAGAUCUUAGAAACGCCCGUUGAGGUCUCUCAACCAUGUCGUCCCAGUCCUUGCGGUUUGAAUGCCUUGUGCGAGGAGCGAAAUCGCGCUGCUGCCUGCAAAUGUCUGCCCGAAUACUUUGGGGAUCCGUACACUGAGUGUCGCCCCGAGUGCGUCAUCAAUUCGGACUGUCCAAAGUCGCGUGCCUGCGUCAAUCAGAGAUGCGUCGAUCCCUGUCCCGGAAUGUGCGGUCAUAGCGCCCUCUGUGCUGUCUUCAAUCAUGCGCCCAACUGUGAAUGUCUGCCCGGCUACACGGGAAACCCCAUUGUCGGCUGUCACCUGGUGCCCGAGACGCCACGCUAUCCCGAUCCCAUAGUACCCGAAAAUCCAUGCCAACCCUCGCCCUGCGGCCUCUACAGCAACUGUCGCCCGGUCAAUGGCCAUGCGGUGUGCUCCUGUGUACCCAACUACAUUGGCUCUCCGCCCAACUGCCGACCCGAGUGCAUGAGCAGCUCGGAGUGUGCACAGGACAAGUCGUGUUUGAAUGAACGGUGCAAAGAUCCCUGCCCGGGCACCUGUGGCAACAAUGCGCUCUGCCGUGUCGUUAACCAUAAUCCCAUCUGCUCCUGCAGUCCCGGCUUCAGCGGUGAUCCAUUCGUGCGCUGUUUCCCACAAGAAAAACGCCCCAUCGUCCAUGAUCGUGUCGAGCCAUGCGUUCCAUCGCCCUGUGGGCCAAACUCUCAGUGUCGGGUGUCGGCGGCUAAUGAGCAGGCCGUCUGCUCAUGCUUGCAACAUUAUGUGGGUAGGGCGCCAAAUUGCCGACCUGAGUGCACCUCAGACUCGGAGUGUGCCGGCAACAUGGCAUGCAUCAAUCUGCGGUGCCGGGAUCCCUGCGUGGGUACCUGCGGCAGUCAGACCACAUGUCUUGUAAAUAAUCAUAGACCGAUCUGCCGCUGCCUCGAAGGCUAUGCGGGCGAUCCAUUCUCCGAGUGUAGUCCACAAAUUAUCGUAACGCCCGAGGUGGCACAGCCCUGCAAUCCCAGUCCCUGCGGCGCCAAUGCGGUGUGCAACGAGCGCAACGGCGUUGGCUCCUGUUCCUGCCUGCCCGAAUACAGUGGCGAUCCGUACACCGAAUGCCGGCCGGAGUGUGUCCUGAACAGCGACUGUUCGAAGAAUCGCGCCUGCCUCAACAACAAGUGCCGCGAUCCCUGCCCCGGCGUGUGCGGUGUCUCCGCCGAGUGCCAUGUGAUUAACCACGCGCCCAGCUGCAGCUGCCCCUCCGGAUACACGGGCAAUCCAUCACAGUACUGCCGGGAAAUACCAAAAUUGGCCCCGCCUGUCCAGCCAUGUCGCCCGUCGCCAUGCGGCCCUUACAGCCAGUGCCGCGAGGUGAACGGACAUGCGGUCUGCUCGUGCACGACCAACUAUGUGGGCACUCCGCCCGCUUGUCGACCAGAGUGCUCGGUCAGUUCCGAGUGCUCCCAAGACAGAGCUUGCGUGAACCUGCGCUGUGUAGACCCCUGUCCCGGAACCUGCGGCCACGAGGCCAUUUGCAAGGUGACGAACCACAAUCCCAUCUGCUCGUGCCCCAGUGGCUUCACUGGUGAUCCGUUUGUGCGAUGCGCCCCACGGCAACAAGAACCGGAACAGCCCAAGUCCAAUGAGAGUCCCUGCGUGCCCAGUCCCUGCGGUCGCAACUCCCAAUGUCGCGUGGUGGGCGAGACUGGCGUCUGUUCCUGUCUGCCCAACUUCGUGGGCCGUGCCCCCAACUGCCGUCCAGAGUGUACUCUCAAUUCCGAGUGUCCUGCCAAUCUGGCGUGCAUCAAUGAGCGCUGCAUAGACCCGUGUCCGGGCUCGUGCGGCUUCAAUGCCUACUGCAGUGUCGUUGGCCACUCGCCCAUCUGCUCCUGCGACAAUGGCUACACUGGCGAUCCAUUCGCUGGCUGCAAUCCGCAACCCUUGCCCGAACCCGAUGAGCGCCUGACACCCUGCCAACCCUCGCCCUGCGGCCCCAAUGCCGAAUGCCGUGAACGCAAUGGCGCCGGCUCCUGUACGUGUCUGCCAGAGUACUUUGGCGAUCCGUACAGUGGCUGUCGACCCGAGUGCGUGGUGAACAGUGAUUGCUCACGCGACAAGUCGUGCGUCAACCAGAAAUGCGUGGACCCUUGUCCAGGUGUUUGUGGCCUGAACGCCGAGUGUCGUGUGUCCAAUCACUUGCCCAGCUGCUCCUGUCUGGCCGGAUACACUGGAAAUCCCUCGAGUGCAUGCCGUGAAAUACCCCAACUCCCACCACCACCCCUGGCCGAUGUGAAUCCCUGUAGACCCUCGCCCUGCGGUCCGUACAGCCAGUGUCGGGAGAUCAAUAACCAUGCCGUGUGCUCUUGCCAGCCCGGACUCGUUGGCUCUGCCCCCAAUUGUCGGCCCGAGUGUAUCAUAAGCUCCGAUUGUGCCCAAGAUCUCAACUGUCAGAAUCAAAAGUGUGUGGACCCGUGUCCGGGCACAUGCGGCAUUGAGGCGCGUUGCCAGGUCAUUAACCACUAUCCUGCAUGCUCCUGUGCCCCAGGCUACACCGGCGAUCCCUUCAAUCGAUGCACGAAAAUAUUGUUGGAGCCCACAAUAACCGAAAAGACCGGUAAUCCCUGUGUACCCUCACCGUGCGGAGCCAACUCGAAAUGCAUUGAUGUGCGCGGUUCGCCUGCAUGCUCCUGUCUGCCGGACUACCUCGGACGGCCGCCAAACUGUCGGCCCGAGUGCAUGAGUAGUGCCGACUGUCCGGCGAAUCUCGCGUGUGUCAAUCAGCGUUGCGCAGAUCCGUGUGUCGGAGCUUGUGGCCAGAACUCUCUGUGCCAGGUGAUCAAGCAUCGUCCAACAUGCGAAUGCGUGCCUGGUUACACCGGCGAUCCGUUCUCCGGCUGUGCUGUUGUACAGCAAAUUACCCCAACGGAGGCGCCACGUAAUCCCUGCAAUCCCAGUCCGUGCGGUGCUAAUGCCGUGUGUCGGGAGCGCAACAGCGCUGGCUCCUGCACCUGUCUGCCAGAAUACUUUGGCGAUCCGUACAGUGGCUGCCGACCGGAAUGUGUACAGAACGAUGACUGCGAUCGCUCCCGUGCCUGCAUCAACAGCAAGUGUCAAGAUCCUUGUCCCGGUGCGUGCGGCAUUAAUGCCGAGUGCCGUGUCCUAAAUCAUGGUCCCAACUGCAACUGCUUCGAAGGGUACACUGGAGAUCCGCAUCGUUCGUGCGAACCGAUUGAAGUUGUCACACGACGACCGGAGAACCCAUGCCAGCCCUCGCCCUGCGGACCCUACAGCCAGUGCCUGGACACGAACAGCCAUGCGGUGUGUUCAUGCCUGGAAGGCUACAUUGGAGCGCCGCCCAGCUGCAAGCCGGAAUGUGUCGUCAGCUCGGAGUGCCCCCAGAAUCGCGCGUGCAUCAACCAAAAGUGUGCCGAUCCGUGUCGCGGAUCCUGCGGCAACAAUGCCAAGUGCCAGGUGGUGAACCACAAUCCAAUCUGCAGCUGUGUGCCCGGCAUGACCGGCGAUCCCAUCAGCGGCUGUUCACCCAGCGAAGAUGGCAAGAGCACGGAUAACCCAUGUGUGCCCUCGCCCUGCGGCCCUAACUCCAUUUGCCGUGAGAUCGGAAACCAAGCGGCCUGCUCCUGCAAUGCCAAUUACAUUGGACGUCCACCCAACUGCCGGCCAGAGUGUACCAACAACGACGAGUGCCAGAAUCAUCUGUCCUGCCAGCAGGAACGCUGCGUAGACCCGUGCCCUGGCUCUUGCGGCAGCAAUGCCGUCUGUCAGGUGGUGCAACACAAUGCCGUCUGCUCCUGUGCCGAUGGCUACGAGGGUGAGCCGCUCUUUGGCUGCCAGCUGAUACCCCUGCUCCUGCCCACAGAAGCGCCCACAUCGCCAUGCGAACCGUCACCAUGCGGCCCCCAUGCCGAGUGCCGCGAACGCAACGGGGCCGGCGCCUGCUACUGCCAUGAGGGCUUCGAGGGCAAUGCCUACGAUGCCCAGCGUGGCUGCCGACGCGAGUGCGAGAUCAACGAUGAGUGCACGGCCGCCCAGGCGUGUGUACGCUUCAAGUGCAUCGAUCCAUGUGAUAAUAUGUGCGGAGAGUACGCUCUCUGUACGGUCGAUAACCAUGUGCCCACCUGCAACUGCCCACCAGGCUACAGUGGAGAUCCGUUCUUCAGCUGCAAGCCAGUCCCAGUUACCCCACGGCCACCGCUCAACCCGUGCAAUCCCUCGCCCUGCGGCCCCAACAGCAACUGUCGCAGCAUCAACAACCAGGCCGUGUGCUCCUGCCAGUCAGGCUUCGUCAAUCAGCCACCCAACUGCCGCCCCGAGUGCAUAGUCAGUGCAGAGUGUGCCCCAGAGCGGGCUUGUGUGAACAAGAAGUGUGUGGAUCCAUGUCUGCACACCUGCGGCAUUCGUGCCAUUUGCAGCACCAAGAACCACAGCCCCAUCUGCACAUGCCCUCGCGGCAUGACCGGCGAUCCCUUCGUACAGUGCACCAGGAUACCCAUAACACACGAUGUGACGACACCAGAGCCACCAGCGGCAUCUUGUGUGCCCUCGCCUUGCGGUCCCAAUGCCAAGUGCCAGAUUGUUGGCAAUAGUCCGGCCUGCUCCUGCCUGCCGAACUUUAUUGGCGCACCACCGCGGUGCCGACCGGAAUGUGUCCUCAACUCUGAAUGUGGUCCCACGGAGGCGUGCAUCAAUCAAAAGUGCGGCGAUCCGUGCUCUGGCUCCUGCGGCUUCGAGGCCAAGUGCCAUGUUCUGAACCAUCUGCCAAUUUGUAACUGCAUCGAGGGCUACGAGGGCGAUCCGUUUGUGCGUUGCACAGAGAAACCAGAAGGCAAGACACCGCCGCCUGUCAAGAACGAUCCAUGCAAUCCGAGUCCUUGUGGCCCGAAUGCCGACUGCUUUGCCGGAGAGUGCCGUUGCCAGAAUAACUAUCAAGGAAACGCCUACGAGGGCUGUCGACCCGAGUGUACGCUAUCGGCGGACUGCUCGCGAGACAAGGCCUGCAUGCGGAACAAGUGUGUGGAUCCCUGCCCCGGUAUCUGUGGCAACAAUGCCGUUUGCGAGGUGAUGAACCACAUACCCGUGUGCUCGUGUCUGCAAGGCUACGAAGGCGAUCCGUUCACCAAUUGCCGCGUGAAGCCCAUCGAAGAUACACCCAAGCCCCAGGCCUGUGCUCCGUCCCCGUGCGGAUCAAACAGCCAGUGCCGCGAUGUCAAUGGCCAUGCCGUUUGCUCUUGCCUGGAAGGAUACAUUGGGGCGCCGCCUCAAUGCCGUCCCGAGUGCGUUGUCUCCAGCGAAUGCUCCGCCCUACAGGCGUGUGUCAACAAGAAGUGCGUGGAUCCAUGCGCCGCUGCUUGUGGCCUGGAGGCACGCUGUGAGGUCAUUAAUCACAGCCCCAUCUGUGGCUGCCCGCCUGGCCGAACUGGUGAUCCCUUCAAGCAGUGCACAGAGAUUGCUGUGGCACCACCGCCAGAUGUUAAGGAAGCGCCAAGAGAUCCCUGUGUGCCCUCGCCUUGCGGACCCAACUCCAUAUGCAAGCCCGACGAGCGUGGACCCGUGUGCCAGUGCCAGCCAGAGUUCUUCGGCUCGCCGCCCAACUGCCGGCCCGAGUGCAUCAUUAAUCCUGAUUGUGCCUCGACGCAGGCGUGCAUCAACAACAAGUGCCGUGAUCCCUGCCCCGGCUCGUGCGGCACCAAUGCCGAAUGCCGCGUCAUCGGACACACGGUCUCGUGCUCCUGCCCCGUGGGAUAUGCUGGCAACGCGUUUGUCCAGUGUGUGCCGCAGCAGGAGGAGCCGAUCAAGCCAUGCCAACCCUCGCCUUGUGGCGCCAAUGCCGAGUGCAUCGAACGGAACGGAGCUGCUGCAUGCAAGUGCAUCGACGAAUACCAAGGCAAUCCCUACGAGGGCUGCCGACCCGAGUGCGUGCUCAGCUCCGACUGUACGACGGACAAGGCGUGCAUAAGGAACAAGUGCCAGGAUCCCUGCCCGGGCAUCUGUGGCCUGAAUGCCCAAUGCUAUGCCGUGAAUCAUGUGCCAAAUUGUGUGUGCCUCGAUGGCCACACGGGCGAUCCGUUCGCCAACUGUCGCCGAGUGGAACCUUCAACGCCACCACCCGUCGCCGAUCCAUGCAUUCCCUCGCCCUGUGGCGCGAACAGCAAGUGCCGCAUUGCCAACGGACUGGCCGUCUGUUCCUGCCUGGAGAACUUCAUUGGAGCUCCACCCAACUGCAAGCCCGAGUGCACGGUGAAUGCCGAGUGUCAGCCGAACAAGGCUUGCCACAAAUUCCGCUGCGCCAAUCCCUGUGCCAAGACGUGCGGCAUCAAUGCCAAGUGCGAGGUGAUCAACCACAAUCCCAUCUGUAGCUGCCCCUCUGAUUUGACGGGCGAUCCAUUCGCUCGCUGUUAUCCAGCGCCAGCUAUUGCCGGACCCAAGGAUGUUCCUGUCUCAAAGACACCCUGCCAGCCCUCGCCCUGCGGCCUCUACUCGGAGUGUCGCGUGCGUGACGAGCAGGCCUCAUGCUCCUGCCUGCCCAACUACAUUGGAGCGCCACCCAACUGCCGUCCCGAGUGCAUUGUGAACACAGACUGCUCGUCGAAUCGUGCCUGUAUUGCCGAGAAGUGUCGCGAUCCCUGCGACGGCUCCUGCGGCAUCAACUCCGAGUGUCGCAUCCAGAACCAUCUGGCUAUAUGUACCUGCCGCGGUGGAUUCACCGGCGAUCCGUUUGUCCAGUGCGUGGAGAUCAUUGAGACGGUCACAAGGCCGCCACUGAACGAGCCACAGGAUCCCUGCGACCUGCAACCAUGUGGAGCCAAUGCGGAAUGCAACCAGGGCACAUGCACCUGCCUGAGAGACUACCAGGGCGAUCCCUACACGGGCUGUCGUCCGGAGUGUACACUGAGCACCGACUGCGCCCCCGUCAAGGCCUGUUUGAACAAGAAGUGCGUGGAUCCAUGUCCCGGAGUGUGUGGCCAGAACUCGCAGUGCGAUGUAUCCAAUCACAUUCCAAUCUGCAGCUGCCUGCAGGGCUACACGGGUGAUCCGUUCGUGCACUGCCGCCUGGAAACGCCCGUGGCCAAGGACCCAUGCCAGCCGAACCCGUGCGGUCCCAACAGCUUGUGUCAUGUGUCGGCCCAAGGGCCGGUGUGUGCCUGCCAACAAGGAAUGCUGGGCUCCCCACCUGCCUGCAAACCUGAGUGCAUCGUCAGCUCCGAGUGCUCCCUGCAAACGGCCUGUGUGCAAAGGAAGUGUGUCGAUCCAUGUCCCGGCGCCUGCGGCCAGUUCGCACGCUGCCAAGUGAUCAACCACAAUCCAUCGUGCUCCUGCAACUCUGGCUACACCGGAGAUCCAUUCACGCGCUGCUUCCAGGAAGAACGCAAGCCACCAACGCCCACAGAACCAUGCCAACCAUCACCCUGCGGACCUAAUUCGGAGUGCAAGGUGCUCAAUGGCAAUGCGGCCUGCUCGUGCGCAGCCACCUUCAUUGGUACGCCGCCCAGCUGCCGGCCGGAGUGCUCCAUCAAUCCGGAAUGUCCACCGACGAAGGCUUGCAUACGCCAGAAGUGUGCCGAUCCCUGCGUGAAUGCCUGCGGCUUCAAUGCCCGCUGCAAUGUGGCGAAUCAUCAACCCAUCUGCACAUGCGAUGUGGGCUACACAGGAGAUCCGUUCACCGGCUGUCAAAAGGAACAAGAGCGCAUUGUCAAUGAACAGGUGACGCCCUGCGAACCCAAUCCCUGCGGCUCGAAUGCUGUGUGCCGCGAACGCAAUGGAAUCGGUUCGUGCCAGUGCCUGCCAGAUUACUUUGGCGAUCCCUACCAGUCCUGCCGCCCCGAAUGCAUCCGAAACUCUGACUGUCCCACGAACAAGGCCUGCCAGCAGCAGAAAUGUCGCGAUCCCUGCCCCGGUACCUGUGGCACAAAUGCUGACUGCAGCGUCACGAAUCAUCUGCCCACCUGUACAUGCCGCAUCGGAAACAUAGGUGAUCCCUACCGCUACUGCCAUGUGGAGCCAGCGCAACCUAUCCGUCUGGCCGAACCCACACAACCCUGUCGCCCCUCGCCGUGUGGCCCCAACUCUCAGUGCCGCGAACUCAACGGCCAGGCCGUCUGCUCCUGUCUCGAGCUGUACAUCGGUCUGCCGCCCAACUGCCGUCCCGAAUGCGUGCUCAGCAGCGAGUGUGCCACGGACAAGGCGUGCAUAAGUCAGCGCUGUCAGGAUCCCUGCCCUGGAACAUGCGGCAUCAAUGCCGAGUGCCGGGUGCGCAAUCAUGGUCCACUCUGUCAGUGUCGUCAAGGUUUCACCGGUGAUUCCUUUACCCGUUGUUAUGCUCUGCCACCCCCACCGCCUGUGAUUCAACGUGUUGAUCGUGAUCCCUGCAUGCCAUCGCCUUGCGGCUUGAACAGUCAGUGUCGCAAUGUGCAGGGUGUGCCCUCCUGCUCCUGUCUGCCCGAGUUCCUGGGCGCACCGCCCAACUGUCGUCCGGAAUGCACCAUCAGCGCCGAGUGUGCCUCGAAUUUGGCUUGCAUCCGUGAAAAAUGUAUUGAUCCGUGUCCCGGUUCCUGUGGCUACGAUGCUGAAUGCAAUGUGGUGAACCAUACACCAAUUUGCGUCUGCCCCGUCGGCUAUACUGGUGAUCCGUUCAGCAGUUGUCGUCUGUCGCCACCCGAACCAGUUCAAAGUGAAUAUGUGGAUCCGUGCAACCCCUCGCCGUGUGGUCCCAAUGCACAGUGCUCCAACGGUGUCUGCAGCUGUUUGGCCGAAUUCCAUGGCGAUCCCUACUCCGGCUGUCGUCCAGAAUGUGUUCUCAACUCUGACUGUCCCAGGGACAAGGCGUGUCUGCGCAGCAAAUGCCACAAUCCCUGUCCGGGAACGUGUGGCGAGAAUGCCAUUUGCGAUGUCAUAAAUCACAUUCCGAUGUGUCGUUGUCCGGAUGGCACCGCUGGCAGUGCCUUUAUACGUUGCUCGCCCGUUCAGCAAGCAAUUGUGGAAAUAAAUCCCUGUCGUCCAUCACCGUGUGGACCAAACUCUCAGUGCCGCGAAGUCAACCAGCAAGCGGUCUGCUCCUGUCUGUCCAACUAUAUAGGAGCACCGCCAUCCUGUCGUCCUGAAUGCACCUCAAACUCCGAGUGUGCCCCCUCGCAGGCGUGUCUGAACCAGCGUUGCGGCGAUCCAUGCCCUGGAACCUGUGGAGUGGGUGCCAAUUGUGCUGUGGUCAGCCACAGUCCCUUCUGUACCUGUCCCGAACGCUUCACGGGCAAUCCCUUCAUCCGUUGUCAGCCACAAAUUGAACCCGUACGUGAUCUUGUCCCAGUCGAACCCUGUCGCCCAUCGCCUUGCGGCCCCUACUCCCAAUGCCGCCCCGUUGGCCAAGAAGCCCCUGCCUGUUCCUGUCUAGAGAACUACAUUGGACGGCCACCGAACUGUCGGCCAGAGUGUGUAACGAGCUCGGACUGCACCAGCCAGUUGGCGUGUGUCAACCAGAAGUGCGUCGAUCCCUGUCCCGGACGCUGUGGCCUCAAUGCCGAGUGUCGUGUGGUGAGCCAUGCGGUGCAGUGCAUCUGCCAGCAGGGCUUCACCGGGGAUCCCUUCGUGCAGUGCAGUCCCGAGAUCAUUCGCGAUAUUGAGAUACGCACUCCGUGCAGCCCCAGUCCCUGUGGACCGAAUGCCGUGUGCCGCGAUCGAAAUGGCGCUGGCUCCUGCCAGUGUCUGCCCGAAUACUUUGGAGAUCCCUAUGCCGGCUGUCGGCCAGAGUGCAUGCUCGACUCGGACUGUCCCUCCAACAGGGCGUGCCAGCAGCUGAAAUGCCAGGAUCCCUGUCCCGGAACAUGCGGUCUGAAUGCCCAGUGCCAGGUGGUUAACCAUUUGCCGACCUGCAACUGUCUCACCGGAUAUCUGGGGGAUCCCUACCGCCAGUGCACGCGAAUGCAAGAGCCAAUACAAAACGAAUACGUGAAUCCCUGCCAGCCCUCGCCCUGCGGCCCCAACUCUCAGUGUCGUGUGGCCAAUGAGCAGGCAGUUUGCUCGUGUCUGCCACUGUUUGUGGGAACUCCACCCGCCUGCCGGCCCGAGUGCACCAUCUCCUCAGAGUGUCCCAGCCAUCAGGCAUGCGUUAACCAGAAGUGCGUGGAUCCAUGCACCGGCGACACUUGCGGCAACAAUGCCGUGUGUCGAGUGCGUAACCACAGUCCCAUCUGCAGUUGCCUCAGCGGCUUCACUGGCGACGCCUUUACGCGUUGCUUCCCCAUUCCACCGCCACCGCCCGAAAGGAUCCAAGAACCACUGCGAGAUCCCUGCUUGCCCACGCCCUGUGGCCCUAAUUCUGAGUGCCGCAACAUCAAUGGAGUGCCUGCGUGCUCCUGUCUGCCAAGCUUCAUGGGCCAAGCGCCCAACUGCCGCCCCGAGUGCACCAUCAACGCCGAGUGUCCCGCCAAUAGAGCGUGCAUCAACCAAAAGUGUCGCGAUCCCUGUCCAGGGGCUUGCGGCCUGGAUGCUGUCUGCAGUGUCAUUAAUCAUACGCCGCUCUGCGCCUGUAUCGAUGGUUAUAUCGGAAAUCCGUUCACCAGAUGCAACCCCAAGCCACCAGAACCCACAUCCCCGCCACCAGUCAGCGACGAUCCAUGCAAUCCCACGCCCUGCGGCUCGAAUGCCGUGUGCCGCAAUGGCCAGUGCUCGUGUAUACCCGAAUAUCAGGGAGAUCCCUAUGUCUCCUGUCGCCCCGAGUGCGUGCUGAACACGGACUGUCCCAGAGAUCGGGCGUGCGUGCGCAACAAGUGCAUAGAUCCAUGUCCAGGCACCUGUGGCGUGAACGCCCUUUGCGAAGUGACCAAUCACAUACCCAUCUGUCGCUGUCCCGAUCGGAUGUCCGGCAAUGCAUUCUUCGAGUGCCGUCCCGUGCAGGCUGCGCCAAUCAUUCAACAGAAUCCAUGCCAGCCAACGCCAUGCGGACCCAACAGUCAGUGUCGCGUAGUGCAGAACACUGCAGUCUGCUCCUGCCUGAGAGAUUAUGUGGGCAGUCCGCCCCAGUGCCGACCGGAGUGUGUCACCAACUCGGACUGUCCAGCGGAUCAGUCGUGUCAGAAUUUGAAGUGCCGUGAUCCCUGUCCGGGCACCUGCGGCUUCAAUGCUUUGUGCAACGUUGUCAACCACAGUCCCUUCUGCAGCUGCCCCACGGGCAUGUCCGGCAAUCCGUUCGUCAGCUGCCAGCAGCUGCCACAACGCGAUGAUCGACCACAGAACCCUUGUCAGCCCUCGCCCUGCGGCGCCAACUCUGAGUGUCGCGUCUCUGGAGACUCUCCAUCCUGCUCCUGCCUGCCAGAGUUCGUUGGAGCUCCGCCCAACUGCAAGCCCGAGUGCAUAUCCAGCUCCGAGUGCCCCACCAACAGGGCCUGCAUCAACCAGAAAUGCGUUGAUCCCUGUCCUGGAUUGUGCGGACAGAAUGCCAACUGUCGGGUGUUCAGCCACACGGCCAUGUGCCUGUGCGAGAGCGGCUUCACUGGAGAUCCAUUCAGCCAGUGUAACCCUGUCCGAGAUGCGCCCGUGGAGGUGCUGCAGCCCUGCAAUCCCAGUCCUUGCGGAGUCAAUGCCAAGUGCGAGGAGCGCGGUGGAGCUGGCUCCUGCACCUGUCUGCCGGAAUACUUUGGCAAUCCCUACGAUGGCUGUCGGCCCGAAUGUGUUAUCAACUCAGACUGUCCCUCGAACAGAGCGUGCGUGAAUCAAAAGUGUCGCGAUCCCUGUCCCGGAGUGUGCGGCCAGAGUGCCGAGUGCCAGGUGGUCAAUCAUCUGGCCACAUGCAAUUGUCUGAUUGGUUACACUGGAGACCCGUACACUCAAUGUCGCCUCGUAGAGAACGAACCACCUGUACCCAUCUAUGUGAAUCCCUGCCAGCCGUCACCCUGUGGCCCCAAUUCGCGUUGCCGCGAGAUCAACGAUCAAGCUGUGUGCUCCUGUCUUCCCGAGUUCAUUGGCAGUCCCCCGGCCUGUCGUCCGGAGUGCACCAGCAGCUCUGAAUGUGCCGCCGAUAAGGCGUGUGUGAAUCGCAAAUGCGUAGAUCCGUGUCCCGGAGUGUGCGGCCAGCAGGCCGAGUGUCGCGUACGCAAUCACAAUCCCAUCUGUAGCUGUCUGAUUGGAUUCACCGGAGAUCCGUUCACCCGCUGCUACCGUCAGCCCCCUCCCCCUGAGGUGCCUGUAGAGAGAGAACCCCUUGAUCCGUGUGUUCCCUCGCCGUGUGGUGCCAAUUCCCAGUGUCGCGAUGUCUAUGGCACACCCUCGUGCUCUUGCCUGCCCCAGUUCUUGGGAACGCCACCCAACUGCCGACCCGAGUGCUCCAUCAAUGCAGAAUGUCCCAGCCAUCAGUCGUGCAUUAAUGAAAAGUGUCGCGAUCCCUGUCCCGGCUCCUGUGGCCUCAACACCCAGUGCAAUGUGAUUAAUCACACUCCAAUCUGUAGCUGUCUUUUGGGUUAUAUCGGUGAUCCAUUCAGCGUUUGUAAUCCCGAGCCACCGCAGAAAAUUCAAGAUCCACUGCCACCUCAAGAUCCCUGCUAUCCCUCGCCCUGUGGCUCCAACAGUCACUGCAACAAUGGCGUCUGCUCGUGUCUGCCGGAAUACCAUGGCGAUCCCUACACCGGCUGUCGUCCCGAGUGUGUCCUGCACACAGAAUGCGAUCGUAGUCGGGCAUGUGUCCGUCACAAGUGUGUGGAUCCCUGUCCCGGUAUUUGUGGAACAAAUGCGAUAUGCGAGGUCCUGAAUCACAUUCCCAAUUGUCGUUGUCCUGCGGAAAUGCAGGGCAAUGCCUUCAUACAGUGUAGCCCAGUUCCAAAGCUCGAUGUCGCUGAGAAUCCCUGCCAGCCCUCACCCUGCGGACCCAAUUCUCAGUGUCGCGUGGCCAACCAGCAGGCCAUUUGCUCCUGCAUCGAGCCCUUCAUUGGCAGUCCACCCUUCUGUCGUCCGGAGUGCACCAGCAACGCGGAAUGUCCCCUGAACCUGGCCUGUUUGAACCAGAAAUGCAGCGAUCCCUGUCCGGGCGUUUGCGGCCGCAGUGCCCAGUGCCAUGUGACCAAUCACAGUCCGUUCUGUCGCUGCCUGGACCGCCACACGGGCAAUCCGUUUGUCAGUUGCCAGCCGAUCAUUGAGCCGCCAGUGCCACCACCGCGUCAGCCAUGCCUGCCUUCGCCCUGCGGCGCAUAUGCCCAGUGCCGGGAGAUCAAUGAGACGCCAUCGUGCACUUGUCUACCCGAGUACAUUGGAACGCCGCCCAAUUGUCGGCCCGAGUGCGUUACCAGCUCCGAGUGUCCCACAAAUCAGGCGUGCAUCCAGCAGAAGUGCCGCGAUCCAUGUCCCGGUCUGUGUGGCCUCUUGGCUGAGUGUCGUGUGCUCUCACACACACCCAGCUGCAUCUGUCCCGAGGGCUUGGAGGGUGAUCCGUUCACCCAGUGCACGGAGAAGAGAAUCCAGCAAUUGGAUCGAUUGGACCCAUGCAAUCCUAGCCCUUGUGGCGUCAAUGCCAGAUGCACUUCGCGCCAGGAUGCUGGCUCUUGUCAGUGUCUACCGGAAUACUUUGGAAAUCCCUACGAGGGCUGCCGCCCGGAAUGUGUCCUCAACUCGGAUUGUCCCUCGAACAGAGCUUGUCAGCAGCAAAAGUGCGAGGAUCCCUGCCCGGGAACCUGCGGCCAGAAUGCCAUCUGCAAUGUUCUCAACCACGUGCCCAGCUGCAGCUGCAUCACGGGCUACUCCGGUGAUCCCUACCGCCAGUGCCUACCCGAACGUCAACCCAUCAAGGAGUAUGUGAAUCCCUGCCAGCCCUCGCCCUGUGGCCCCAAUUCCCAGUGUCGUGAAUCCAACGAACAGGCCGUGUGCUCCUGUCUGCCCGAAUAUGUGGGUGCUCCUCCCGUCUGCCGACCCGAGUGCACCAUCUCAUCAGAGUGCUCGUCGGACAAGGCCUGCGUGGGCCAGAAGUGUAUCGAUCCCUGCCCCAAUACCUGCGGAGAACAGGCCACCUGUCGUGUGGUGAAUCACAGUCCCAUUUGCACAUGUCGCGCCGGUUACACGGGCGAUGCCUUCUAUCGCUGUGUCCCCAAGCCUCCUGUGCCCGUGGCUCCGCCAGUGCAAAAGACACCUGUCGAUCCCUGUGUGCCCUCGCCCUGUGGCCCAUAUGCCGAGUGUCGUGCGAAUGGCGAUGCUCCUGCCUGUUCCUGUUCGUUUGGUUACCUGGGUGCCCCACCCAACUGCCGUCCAGAGUGUCGCAUCAAUGCAGAGUGCCUCAGUCGUGAGGCUUGCAUCAAUGAAAAGUGUCGCGAUCCCUGUCCCGGCUCCUGUGGCCUUGGCGCCACUUGCAAUGUGAUCAAUCAUACGCCCAGCUGCACGUGCCCACCGGGAUACACGGGUGAUCCAUUUACCCACUGUCAGCCCCAACCACCACCGCCGCAAAUUGUGGAGCUAGAGGAUCCCUGCCAGCCAUCACCCUGCGGAGCGAAUGCUCUGUGCAACGCUGGCGUUUGUACGUGCAUAGCGGAAUACCAUGGUGAUCCCUACAGCGGCUGUCGCCCCGAGUGCAUCACCAGUUUGGACUGCUCCCGAGAUCUGGCCUGUGCGCGCCACAAGUGCUUCGAUCCCUGCCCGGGCACCUGUGCCCCCAAUGCCAUUUGUACGGUCCUCAAUCAUGUCCCGAUGUGCACCUGCCCUGAGGGUUAUGCUGGCAAUGCGUUUAUCCAGUGCCAACCUGUGCCACCACCAGCCAUUGUCCAGCCUUGUCACCCCUCGCCCUGUGGCCCCAAUUCUCAGUGCCGUGAGGCGAAUGGUCAGGCGGUAUGCUCCUGUGUGCCAGGAUACAUUGGAACCCCUCCGAUCUGUCGCCCAGAGUGCACCUCGAACGCCGAGUGUGUGUCAAUCCAGGCGUGUGUGAAUCAAAAGUGCGUGGAUCCGUGUCCUGGUGCCUGUGGCAGGAAUGCCCAGUGCAGUGUCGUCAAUCACAAUCCCUUCUGCACGUGUCUGCCCCACUAUACGGGCAAUCCAUUUGUGGGCUGCCAGCAGAUCGUUGAACCUCCACAGAGAGAGGAAAUAAUUCCACGUGAUCCCUGCCGUCCAUCUCCCUGCGGACCAAAUGCCGAAUGUCGCGCCGUUGGGGACACACCAUCGUGCUCCUGUCUGCCAGAAUUUGUGGGCUCUCCGCCAUACUGUAAGCCGGAAUGUGUGACCAACUCCGAGUGUCCAUCGAAUCGUGCUUGCAUCAAUCAAAAGUGUCGCGAUCCCUGCCCCGGUCUGUGCGGUCUCAGUGCCAUUUGUCGCGUUGUAUCCCACACUGCCAUGUGCAUCUGUGAUGCGGGCCUCACCGGUGAUCCCUUCACCCAGUGCCAACCGAUUGUCCACGAUGUGGAGAUCAUCAAUCCGUGCCAUCCCUCGCCCUGUGGCUCGAACGCCGAGUGCAUACAACGCAACGGAGCCGGCGCUUGUCAGUGUCUGCCGGAAUACUUUGGAAAUCCCUACGAGGGCUGUCGCCCAGAGUGCGUACUCAACUCAGAUUGUCCCGCGAACAGAGCGUGCCAGCAGCAAAAGUGCCGCGAUCCCUGCCCCGGCAGCUGUGGCCAGAAUGCCGAGUGUAAUGUCGUGAAUCAUACGCCCCUCUGCAGCUGCUUCCCCGGAUUUAUAGGAGAUCCGUAUCGCUAUUGCAAUCAACCGCCAGAACCUAUUGUCCACGACUAUGUGAAUCCCUGUCAGCCAUCGCCCUGUGGCUCCAAUGCCAUUUGUCGUGUGGUAAACGAACAGGCCGUCUGCUCCUGUGCCCCCGAGUUCGAAGGAGCCCCGCCCAACUGCCGUCCCCAGUGUACCUCCAGCUCUGAGUGUCCCGCCACCAAGGCGUGCAUCAGCUACAAGUGUGCUGAUCCCUGUCCUGGUGUGUGUGGCCAUCAAGCGAUCUGUGAGGUGCGCAACCAUAGUCCCAUCUGCAGGUGUCCCCCCGCGCUGAUGGGCGAUCCCUUCGUGCGCUGCCUGCCCCGACCAGAGCUUCCUCCACCUCCCCUGAGAGAUGUGGCCCCCUACCGCGAUCCCUGUGCUCCCUCACCCUGUGGCCUGUACUCUGCCUGCCGCAACCAGCAGCAGCAGGCUGUGUGCUCCUGUUUGCCGAACUACUUUGGCACUCCCCCCCACUGCCGACCCGAGUGCUCCAUCAAUGCAGAGUGUCCCAGCCAUUUGGCGUGCAUCCAGCAAAGGUGUCGUGACCCUUGUCCCGGCGCCUGUGGCCAGCAGACCGAGUGUCGGGUGACCAAUCAUGUGCCCAGCUGCCUGUGCCUGCAGGGCUAUGUAGGAGACGCCUUCCUCGCCUGCCACCCAGCUCCACCCCCUCCAACCUACGACGAGCCCCGUGAUCCCUGCAAUCCCAGUCCCUGCGGCAGCAAUGCCAUUUGUUCGGGCGAGGGACAGUGCCACUGUGUGGCCGAUUAUCUGGGUGAUCCCUAUGUCUCCUGCCGACCCGAGUGUGUGCUGAGUUCCGAGUGUCCCAGGCAUCUGGCCUGCAUCCAUCAAAAGUGCACGGAUCCCUGUCCGGGCACAUGCGGGGCCAAUGCCAUCUGUGAAGUUCAGAGCCACAUAGCCAUGUGCCAUUGUCCCCCGGGAAUGACGGGCAAUGCCUUCUCCCUGUGCAGUCCAGUACGCGAUGCCGUUGAGGUCUAUCGCAAUCCCUGUAGCCCAUCGCCCUGCGGCAGCUAUGCCGAGUGUCGCGAACGGAAUGGUCAGGCCAUCUGCAGCUGUCUGCCCAACUACUUUGGCGUGCCACCCUCGUGCCGACCCGAGUGCAGCAGCAACUACGAUUGUGCCCCCCAUUUGGCUUGCCAGAACCAGCGUUGUGUCGAUCCCUGUCCCGGAGCUUGUGGCGCCAAUGCCCAGUGCCGCGCCGUCAGCCACAGUCCCUUCUGCAGCUGCCGGCCUGGCUACACGGGCAAUCCCUUUGUUCAGUGUCACAUGAUCUUUGAACCUUUGAGGGAUGUUGCGCCUCGUGAUCCCUGCCAACCAUCCCCCUGUGGACCCAACAGCGAGUGUCGACCCGUGGGUGAGACACCAUCCUGCUCCUGCCUGGCCAACUUCUUUGGCACUCCGCCCAACUGUCGGCCCGAAUGUGUGUCCAACUCUGAGUGCAGCUCCGUCCAAGUUUGUGUAAACAAUCGCUGCAGAGAUCCCUGUCCUGGGCUCUGUGGCACAUCUGCCAUCUGUCGCGUCAUCAGCCACAGUGCCAUGUGCUACUGCGAGACGGGCUACAGCGGUGAUCCAUUUAUCCGCUGUGAACCCAUUAUUGUACGUGACCCCGUGGAGGUGCUGCAGCCUUGUAACCCGAGUCCCUGUGGCACCUUUGCCGAGUGCCGGCAACAGAAUGGAGUCGGCUCCUGUCAGUGUUUGCCCGAAUACUACGGCAAUCCCUACGAAUCCUGCCGCCCCGAGUGUGUCCUCGACUCUGAUUGUGCCUCGAACCGUGCCUGUGUGAAUCAGAAGUGCCUCGAUCCCUGUCCUGGAGUGUGUGGCCAGAAUGCCGAGUGCUAUGUCCGCAAUCAUUUGCCCACCUGCAACUGCCUGAACGGUUAUGUGGGAGAUCCUUAUAGCUAUUGCAGCAUUGAGCCCAAACCCCUGCGGGAGUAUGUAAAUCCCUGCCAGCCCUCUCCCUGUGGCCCCAACUCCCAGUGCCGUGAGCUGAAUGAUCUCGCCACCUGCUCCUGUCUGCCCGAGUAUGUGGGCACUCCGCCUGGCUGUCGUCCCGAGUGUACGGUCUCUUCGGAGUGCAGUCUGGACAGAGCAUGUGUGAGCCACAAGUGUGUGGAUCCCUGUCCGAAUGCAUGUGGCAGCAAUGCCAUUUGUCGUGGCAUAAACCAUGCCCCUCUGUGUUCCUGUCAGCCGGGCUACACGGGAGAUCCAUUCACCCGUUGCUAUCCAGUGCCUCCUCCCACACCGCAAAUCCUCUACGACAUUGUGAGAGAUCCCUGCCAGCCAUCGCCCUGCGGUGCCAAUGCCCAGUGCAGACAGUCCCAGGGUCAGGCCAUUUGCAGUUGUUUCCCCAACUACUUUGGUCAGCCGCCCAACUGUCGACCCGAGUGUACACAGAGCUCCGAAUGCCUGUCCAGCCAGGCGUGCAUCAAUCAACGCUGUGUGGAUCCCUGUCCCGGCUCCUGUGCCUACAACGCCCUCUGCACCACGCGUAACCAUGUGCCAAGCUGUCAGUGUCCCCCUCGAUUUGUGGGAGAUCCAUUCACCAAUUGUUACCCCGAACCACCACCACCACCCAAACCCAUUGCCCUUGAUGAUCCCUGCCAGCCCUCGCCCUGUGGAGCCAAUGCUCUGUGCUCGAAUGGUCAGUGUUCGUGCAUUGGCGACUAUCAGGGAGAUCCAUACAGGGGCUGCCGUCCAGAGUGUGUCCUGAAUGCCGACUGUUCCAGAGAUCGAGCCUGUGUGCGCCACAAGUGUGUGGAUCCCUGCCCGGGCACCUGUGCCCCCAACGCCAUAUGCGAGACAAUCAAUCACAUUGCCAUGUGCCGCUGUCCUGAACAGAUGACGGGCAAUGCCUUCAUUCAGUGCGAGAUUCCACAAGUGGCACUAACGCCUCCCGAUCCUUGUGCCCCAUCACCGUGCGGACCCAGCAGCCGUUGCCGCGUGUUCAACAACAAUGCCGUUUGCUCCUGCAUCGAGGAUUAUGUGGGUACGCCACCCAAUUGCCGACCCGAGUGCACCCACAAUUCGGAUUGUCUGCCGAGACUGGCCUGCCAGCGGCAGCACUGCAUCGAUCCCUGUCCCGGAACCUGCGGCUUCAACGCCCUCUGUCAUGUGGUCAAUCAUGCACCAAUCUGCAGCUGUCCGCCCCAGCACAAUGGCAAUCCCUUCACGGGCUGCUUCCCGGAGCCAGUGCGUCGCGAUGAGGAGCCCAGGAACCCAUGUCAACCCUCUCCUUGCGGACCCUAUGCCCAGUGCCGUGCUGUGGGAGAUCAGGCACAGUGCAGCUGUCUUUCCAGCUACAUUGGAACGCCGCCCAACUGCCGGCCCGAGUGUGUGACCAAUUCAGAGUGCAGCUUCGAUAGGGCGUGCAUCAAUCAGCACUGCAGCGAUCCGUGUCCCGGCGUUUGUGGCACCAAUGCCCAAUGCCAUGUGAUCAGCCAUGCCGCCAUGUGCCAUUGCCUGCCCGGCUACACGGGUGAUCCAUUCACCGCCUGCCACCAGCCGCAAAUCAUUCAACAGAUCGAAUAUGUCCAGCCAUGCUCCCCGAAUCCCUGUGGAGCCAAUGCUGUGUGUCGCCACGAGGGCAGUGCCGGCUCCUGCCAAUGCCUGCCCGAAUACUAUGGCAAUCCCUACGAGGCCUGUCGUCCCGAGUGUCUAGCCGACAGCGACUGUCCUGCGGAUAAGUCCUGCAAUCAGUUGAAGUGCCGCGAUCCAUGUCCCGGGGUUUGUGCUUUGAAUGCCGCCUGUCGCGUCAUCAAUCACCUGCCCACCUGUCAUUGUCUCAGUGGAUUCCUGGGCGAUCCCUACAGCUACUGUCGUCUGCCAGAGAAACCUAUCCUCAAGGAGUAUGUGAAUCCCUGCCAGCCCACUCCCUGUGGCCCCAACUCCCAGUGCCGUGAGAACAACGAGCAGGCCAUCUGCUCGUGUCUACCGGAAUAUGUGGGGGCGCCGCCGAACUGUCGACCCGAAUGCGUCUCGAGUGGCGAGUGUCCGCGUGACAAGGCCUGCCUCAAUCAAAAGUGUGCCGAUCCCUGUCCCGGAGUUUGCGGCUCCAAUGCCGAGUGUCGUGUCUUCCAGCAUGCCCCGAUCUGUAGCUGUCGUCCCGGUUUCACGGGCGAUGCCUUCACCCGAUGCCUGCCCCUGCCACCACCCAGUCCCACGCUUUUGGAUGUCUAUCGCGAUCCCUGUGUACCGUCGCCCUGCAGCCAGUAUGCCGAGUGCAGGGACAGCCAAGGCAGCGCCACUUGCACCUGCCUGCCCUCGUACUAUGGCACUCCGCCCAACUGCCGGCCCGAGUGCACCAUCGCCGAGGAUUGUCCCUCGCAUCUGGCAUGCCAACAGCAGCAUUGUCGCGAUCCCUGCCCGGGCGCCUGUGGCUUCAAUGCCCUCUGCACGGUGAUCAGCCAUAAUCCCACGUGUCAGUGUGCACCAGGCAUGAUUGGAAAUCCAUUCACCUCGUGUCACGCUCGGCCACGCGAUCCACCACCACAGGACACCAGCGAUCCCUGCGCCUCGAUCUCGUGUGGCGCCAAUGCCAUCUGUCGGCAGGGAAGCUGCAGCUGUCUGCCAGAAUUCAUUGGAAAUCCCUUGAUUGGCUGUCGACCCGAGUGCAUCCUGAGUACGGAAUGCGACUGGGACAAGGCGUGCGUGCGGAACAAGUGCAUCGAUCCAUGUCCCGGCACUUGCGGUUCCAAUGCCAUCUGUGAGGUUCACCGACACGUGGCCAUGUGCCACUGUCCACCGGGAAUGACGGGCAAUGCCUUCUCCCAGUGCCGACCACUGCCGCCAGCACAGGAUCCUCCUCCCAUCAUAGUCGAUCCCUGCCAGCCCUCACCUUGCGGACCCAAUGCCCAAUGUCGACGUGUCAACGGACAGGCCGUGUGUUCGUGCCUGCCGCAAUUUGUGGGUACACCACCAUCGUGCCGUCCAGAGUGCGUCAGCAAUGGGGAAUGUCCGCUGCAUUUGGCGUGUCUGCAGCAGAAGUGUCGCGAUCCCUGUCCCGGCUCCUGUGGCCUGAAUGCCGAGUGUCGUGUGAUCAAUCACAGUCCCAACUGUCACUGCAUCCAAUCGUUUACGGGCAAUCCAUUUGUGGCAUGCCACCGCCAACUGCCGCCUGUCAGGCAGGAUCCUCCUCUGCUGGAUCCCUGUCAACCAUCGCCGUGUGGCGCCAACGCAGAGUGUCGCGCCCAAGGAACCACUGCCCAAUGCAGCUGCCUCACUGGAUUUGUGGGCACACCACCCGACUGCCGACCGGAAUGCGUCUCCAACUCCGAUUGUCCCACCAAUCUGGCAUGCCGCAACGAAAAGUGCCGCGAUCCCUGCCCCGGAGUCUGUGGCUUGAAUGCCGAGUGUUAUGUGAUCAACCAUACGCCCAUGUGCACGUGUCUCGGUGGAUAUAAUGGCAAUCCCUUUGAUGGCUGUCAAGUGGUGCAGGAUGUGCCAGAGACGCCACUCAAUCCGUGUGUGCCGAGUCCCUGUGGCGCCAAUGCCAUUUGCAGUGAACGAAACGGAGCUGGCGCAUGUCAGUGCCUGCCCGAGACCUAUGGAAAUCCGUACGAAGGCUGUCGUCCCGAGUGUGUUCUCAAUACGGACUGUCCCAGCCAUUUGGCGUGUGUCAAUCAGCAUUGCCGCGAUCCCUGUCCCGGCACAUGCGGCUCCAAUGCCCUGUGCCAAGUGCGACAUCAUCUGCCGCAAUGCCAGUGCUUGGCGGGCUACCAGGGAAAUCCCUACACCUAUUGCAGUCUUCUGCGCGAUCCCCUGCCCGAACCCAUUGCCUCCCGUCCCUGCCAGCCCUCACCAUGUGGACCCAAUGCCCAGUGUCGUGAGGCGAAUGGUCAAGCCAUUUGCAAGUGCCUGCCAGAGUUUAUUGGAUCUCCGCCCGCGUGUAGACCCGAGUGUACCAUCUCCAGCGAGUGCGACCUGACCAGGGCAUGCGUGCAGCACCAUUGCGUGGAUCCCUGCCCCGGAAUCUGCGGCAGCAAUGCCCAAUGCCGUGUCCUCAACCACAGUCCCCACUGCAGUUGUCUGCCCGGCUACACUGGCGAUGCCUUCAGUGGCUGUCAGAAGAUUCGACCCGCCAUUAGCUAUGAUGCUCCUCCUCCCAAGGAUACCUACCGCGACCCCUGUGUCCCCUCUCCGUGCGGCACCUUUGGCCAGUGCAGAGAUCAGGGCAACCAGCAGGCCGUGUGCUCCUGUCUGCCAGGAUACUUUGGUGUGCCGCCCCAGUGCCAGCCAGAGUGUGUCAUCAAUCCCGACUGCGCCUCGCACUUGGCGUGCAUCAGCGAGAAGUGCCGCGAUCCCUGUCCCGGCUCCUGUGGCCUGCUGGCCCAAUGCAACGUCAUCAAUCACACGCCCAUCUGUAGCUGUCCACCUGGCUAUCAGGGCAAUCCCUUUGUCAGCUGCCGACCCCAACCUCCUCCAGCUCCGAUUCCUGUGCUCCGCGACGCCUGCAAUCCCUCGCCCUGCGGCUCCAAUGCCGUUUGCAGUGCCGGGGGACAGUGCAGCUGUCUGGCAGAGUUCGAUGGAAAUCCCUAUGUGGGCUGUCGCCCAGAGUGUGUCCUGAAUACAGAGUGUGCCCGGGACAGGGCCUGUCAGCGCAACAAAUGCGUGGAUCCCUGUCCGGGUGCCUGUGGUGUGGGCGCCGUUUGUGAGGUGCGCAACCACAUUCCCAUCUGCCACUGUCCAGCCGGAACAUCUGGCAACGCCUUCACCCAGUGUACAACCACUCAAUCUGCACCCGUGGAGCCCCUGAAUCCCUGCCAGCCAUCGCCCUGUGGAUCGAAUGCCCAGUGUCGCGUGGCCAACCAGCAGGCUGUGUGCUCCUGUCUGUCAGGAUACUUUGGAGUACCGCCCAAAUGUCGACCCGAGUGCACCAUCAACUCGGACUGUGCCCCCCACUUGGCGUGCCUCAAUCAACAGUGUCGCGAUCCCUGCCCCGGUGCCUGCGGACAAUUUGCCAACUGCCAGGUCAUCCGACAUGUCCCACACUGCAGUUGUCCCGCAGGAUAUACAGGCAAUGCCUUCUCCCUCUGCCAGCGAAUUCCACCAGUGAUUGUGCAGCGAGAACCAGUCCAUGUGAAUCCCUGUUAUCCAUCACCAUGUGGAUCGAAUGCUCAGUGCACGGAACAAGGCGAUCAAGCCAUUUGCAAGUGCCUCGAAGGCUACGUAGGAUCACCGCCCAACUGUCGGCCCGAGUGUAUAACAUCUUCAGAGUGCGCCAACCAAUUGGCAUGCAUCCAACAGAAGUGCCGCGAUCCAUGUCCUGGUUUGUGCGGCCAAGCAGCCAGCUGCCAGGUCGUCAGCCAUGUGCCAUCGUGCAUCUGCAUCGGCGACUACAUUGGAGAUCCCUACACGGCCUGCCGUCCACGACCACAGAUCGAAAGAGAUCAGAUCAAUCCAUGUGCACAGAAUCCCUGCGGCAACAAUGCCAUUUGCAGACAACAAGGAGGAGCUGCGUCAUGCCAGUGCCUGCCAGAGACCUAUGGAAAUCCGUACGAGGGAUGCCGACCCGAGUGUGUUCUCAAUUCGGACUGUUCUGGCCAUUUGGCCUGCUUGAAUCAACAUUGUCGCGAUCCCUGUCCCGGCAGUUGUGCCCCGAACGCACAAUGCCAGGUCGUCAAUCACAUACCCAGCUGUAGCUGCUAUCCCGGCUACAGAGGGGAUCCCUACACCCAUUGCCAGUUGGUGCCUACACAGGCAGAACCAAUCGAACCUGUUGAUCCCUGUCAGCCCUCGCCGUGUGGCCCCAACUCUGAGUGCAGCGUAGCCCAGGGACAGGCUGUCUGUCGCUGCCUGCCCGAUUACUAUGGUUCUCCGCCUGCCUGUCGACCCGAAUGCACCACCAAUCCCGAGUGUGCCCAUGAUAGAGCCUGCGUGGCCAGACAUUGCGCAGAUCCAUGUCCCGGUGCCUGUGGCCAGAAUGCCAUUUGUCAGGCGCAUCAACAUCGAGCCCUGUGCUCAUGUCCGCCUGGCUACACCGGCGACGCCUUCAUGCGUUGCCUUCCGCUGCCUCCGCCCCAGCAACCCAUUCGCCAGUCGUCUCCUCCCCCUGUAGAUCCCUGUGUGCCCUCACCCUGCGGACAGUAUGCCCAGUGCCGCGAGCAGUACGGACAAGGUGUUUGCACCUGUCUGGACUCCUACUACGGCACUCCGCCCCACUGCCGACCCGAGUGCACCCUCAACUCUGACUGUCCCAGCCAUCGGGCGUGCAUCAACCAGAAGUGCCGCGAUCCCUGUCCCGGUGCCUGUGGUCUGUACGCCCAGUGUGCGGUGCUCAAUCAUGUGCCCAGCUGCUCCUGUCCACAAGGAUAUCUUGGAGAUCCCUUCUUCCGCUGCUACCCAGCGCCAGCUCCGUCUCCAGUGGCUCCCAUUAUUGCUGAAGAUGAUCCCUGCCAUCCCUCGCCCUGUGGUCCCAAUGCUCAGUGCUCGAAUGGCAUCUGCAGCUGUCUGCCACUCUACCAAGGGGAUCCCUAUGCCGGCUGUCGUCCCGAGUGCGUGCUGAGCACAGAAUGUGCCUGGGAUAAGGCCUGCAUUCGCAAUCGUUGCGUGGAUCCGUGUCCGGGAACGUGUGGCUCUGGAGCCCACUGCCGUGUCCAAAAUCAUGUGGCCCUGUGUCACUGUCCGGAUGGGCAGCAGGGAAAUCCUUUCGUGCUUUGCCAGCCCAUUAGGCAGCUGGAUACACCCAUUCAGCUGCAUCCCUGCCAGCCGUCGCCUUGUGGCGCCCAUGGGCAGUGUCGCGAGAUUGGCUCCCAGGCGGAAUGCACCUGCCUGCCCGGCUAUUACGGCAGUCCACCUGUCUGUCGGCCGGAGUGUGUAAGCGACUCCGAGUGUCCGCCGAGCCUCUCGUGCGUGAAUCAAAAGUGCCGCGAUCCUUGUCCCGGAGCCUGUGGCUAUCUGGCCGAGUGCCAUGUGAUCAACCACAGUCCGCAAUGCGUUUGCCCGGCAGGCUACACGGGCAGUCCGUACUCUCAGUGCCAGGUGAUUCGUAGAGCUCCUGUUCAACGGGAACCCAUCGAUCCCUGCCAGCCCUCGCCCUGUGGCCCCCACUCGCAGUGCAGCAAUGAGGAUGGCCUCAAUGCCAUCUGCCGUUGCCUGCCCGAGUAUCUGGGAGUGCCGCCCCACUGCCGUCCCGAGUGCAUUGCCAACAGCGAGUGUCCCGGCGACAGGGCGUGCAUCAAUUGGAAGUGCCAGGAUCCCUGUCCCGGCCUCUGCGGCUACAAUGCCAUCUGCCGGACGUACAACCACCAACCGAACUGUGUCUGUGCCCCGGGGCUGGUGGGCAAUCCGUUUAACUCGUGUCUGCCUCCAGCACGUCUUCCGUCCUACGAAUCCCCCGUGAUACCCACAACGGCCAUAGAAGUACUGCAACAUGAUCAGCCCAUACGCAAUCCGUGCGAGCCGAAUCCCUGCGGGGCCAAUGCUCGAUGCAGUCAGCAGAGAGGCGUUGCCUCCUGCGUAUGUUUGCCGGACUACUACGGCAAUCCGUACGACGCCUGCCGGCCGGAGUGCAUCCUCAAUUCAGAUUGUGCUUCGGACAGGGCGUGCGUGCAGCAAAAGUGUCGCGACCCGUGCCCCGGCACAUGCGGCCUCAACGCCGAAUGCCACGUGCUGGAUCAUUUACCCCAUUGCCAGUGCUUCAGGGGCUACACGGGUAAUCCUCUGGCCCACUGUGCCCCACUGCCAGUUGUCCAGGAAUCACCCCUAACCCCAUGUGAUCCCUCGCCCUGUGGACCCAAUGCCAGGUGUCAGCCAUCGAAUGACCAAGCUGUUUGCUCCUGUCUGCCCGAUUUCUAUGGAACUCCGCCCCAGUGUCGACCCGAGUGUACUUUGAACUCAGAGUGUGCCCUUGAUAGGGCGUGUGUCCAUCUCAAGUGUGUUGAUCCCUGUCCAGGAAUCUGCGGCUUGAAUGCCCAGUGUCGGGUUCACUAUCACAGUCCCAUCUGCUACUGCAUCGCCUCAUAUACCGGUGAUCCCUUCAGCCACUGCUACGAGAUACCCACAAGACGUAAGAAUAUACUCCCUGACAGUGCAAACGGUUCCACGCCUAACCAUUCCACUCCUCUGGCCACUCCUACUCCACAUUUCCCUACAGCCCCGACAGCGGAAAGACCCCAACAGAUAUACGACACCCCAUCGCCACCCUAUCCCGUGUCAAUCCCAGGAUUGGUGUACAUCCAACAACAGCAGCCUGGAAUUGUAAAUAUUCCCAACCAUCCACCAAGCCCACAAUAUCCUCAGCAACCAGGAGUUGUCAACGUCCCGGCGUAUCCUUCACCUCAAACGCCAAUCCAACAGCAACCUGGAGUUGUAAAUAUACCUGCAGUACCGCGGCCUUCGUAUCCCUCACCUCAACCGCCGGUCUACGAUGUAAACUAUCCAUCUACGAUUCCACAACAACCGGGAGGAAUAGUUAAUAUUCCAUCCGUGCCACAGCCUGUGCCUGCAGUUCCCCAACGUCCAGUGUUUAUCCCAUCACCGACAAACCCAACACCUGCGCCUCAGCCUGGAAUAGUGAAUGUGCCCUCUGUGCCACAUCCAGUGUAUCCAUCACCACAACCACCGGUUUACGAUGUGAACUAUCCAACGCCACACACACCGACUCAUCAGGCACCAGGAAUUGUAAAUAUUCCUUCAGUGCCGCAACAUCAACCUCCUGCACCCGGAAUAGUGAACAUUCCUUCCGUGCCGCAGCCGAUACCUGCACCACAGCCAGGAGUUAUUAAUAUUCCUUCAGUAUCUCAGCCGACACCUGCUCCACAGCCAGGAGUUGUUAAUAUUCCUUCUGUACCUCAGCCGACACCUGCACCACAUCCUGGAGUGUAUAACAUUCCUUCCGUGCCGCAACCGACACCUGUACCACAGCCAGGAAUCAUUAAUAUUCCCUCUGUACCUCAGCCAUCACCUGCACCACAGCCAGGAGUGUAUAAUAUACCUUCUGUGCCGCAGCCAGUGUACCCUACACCUCAGCCGCCAGUUUACGAUGUAAACUAUCCCACGCCACACACUCCGGUGCCACAGAGUCCUGGAAUUGUUAAUAUCCCAUCUGUACCGCAGCCUUUGCCACCCGUUUCGCAACGUCCAGUGUUUAUACCCACACCACUGAACCCAGUAACACCUGCACCUCAGCCGGGAGUGAUCAAUAUUCCAACCGUACACCAACCAGUGUAUCCCACACCUCAGCCGCCGAUUGUGCAGCGUCCUGCCAUAUACGACGUGUACUAUCCACCGCCUCCAUCGAUACCAGGUGUCAUCAAUAUACCCUCACCUCCUCGACCAGUUUACCCGGUGGCACAGCAGCCAAUCUAUGUUCCAGCUCCAACUCCGCAGCCACAACCUCAACCCCAACCGGGCGUAGUAAACAUUCCUUCGGGACCACAGCCAACGUAUCCACCACGGAAUCCACCAAUCCAUGACGUUAGCUAUCCAGUACCUCAACCAAAUCCUGUGCCAGGAGUCAUAAAUGUGCCUUCUGUGCCACAACCAACUCCCGCACCGCACCCUGUGCCUGGAGUGGUCAAUAUUCCGUCUCAACCAACACCACCGAGCUAUGUACCAACUCCCGGAGUGGUAAACAUUCCGUCAGUGCAACAACCCACGUAUCCACCACAGAAUCCACUAAUCCAUGAUGUUAGCUAUCCAACACCACAGCCAAUUCCUGUACCUGGAGUUAUAAACGUGCCAUCUGUGCCACAACCAACUCCCGCACCACAUCCUGUGCCUGGAGUGAUCAAUGUUCCAACACAACCGUCAUCACCGAGCUAUGUACCAACUCCAGGAGUGGUCAACAUUCCUUCGGUACCACAGCCAACGUAUCCACCACAGAAUCCACCAACCCAUGACGUUAGCUAUCCAGUACCUCAACCAAAUCCUGUGCCAGGAGUGAUAAAUGUGCCUUCUGUGCCACAACCAACUCCCGCACCACACCCUGUGCCUGGAGUGAUCAAUAUUCCAUCACAGCCAACUCCACCCAGCUAUGUACCAACUCCAGGAGUGGUCAACAUUCCUUCGGUACCGCAGCCAACGUAUCCACCGCAGAAUCCACCAACCCAUGAUGUUAGCUAUCCAGUACCUCAACCAAAUCCUGUGCCAGGAGUGAUAAAUGUGCCUUCUGUACCACAACCAGUGCCAUCACCAACACCUGGUGUGGUCAAUAUUCCAUCACAUCCAUCACCGCCGGUUUAUGUACCAACUCCCGGAGUGGUAAACAUUCCGUCAGUGCCACAACCUUCUCCCACGGCACCUCAACAGCCUGUGUACGAUAUCAAUUAUGAGAUUCAGCGACCACAACCCACACCUGGAAUAAUCAAUAUACCAUCCGUGGCACAGCCAGUACCCACGCGUCGCCCCAACUAUGACGUGGCGAGACCCGUCUUUGAGUUUAAUCCAUGCUAUCCAUCGCCCUGCGGACCGUACUCGCAAUGCCACAAUCGCUUCGGAGCGGCCGCCUGCGUGUGUUUGCCCAACUACAGUGGAACUCCGCCCAACUGCCGGCCGGAAUGUGUGGUCCAAUCGGACUGCCCCUCAGCGCUGGCGUGCAUCAAUGAGAAGUGUCGGGAUCCCUGCCCGGGAUCAUGCGGCUACGAGGCAGUGUGUCGAGUGCAUGAACAUGUGCCCAAUUGCUUCUGUCGAUCCGGAUACACGGGAGAUCCAUUCGUCUCCUGCCAACCACCACCGAUACAGCGUGAACCCAUCGUACAGAAGGAUCCAUGCUAUCCUUCAAUAUGCGGACCCAAUGCGGUGUGUCAUGAUGGCAAAUGCAGCUGCCUACCGGAGUAUCGCGGCGAUCCCUACUUUGGCUGUCGACCAGAGUGUGUCCUGAACACGGAGUGUGCGCGAGACAAGGCGUGCAUCAAUCAGAAGUGCCAGGAUCCCUGUCCAGGAACAUGUGGCCUGAACGCCCUCUGCCAUGUCUACAACCAUUUGGCGACCUGCUCAUGCCCGGAGCGAAUGCAAGGAGAUGCCUUUGUGCGCUGCGAUCCCAUUCCAGCCACAAUAGAGCCACCACCAACGACAUUACCCGCUGUGAUACCACAGCGUACACCAAUCGAUCCCUGCAGACCUUCGCCAUGCGGACCCAAUGCCAAUUGCCGUGCCUAUCAUGAGCAGGCGAUAUGCUACUGUCUCCCGGGAUACAUGGGCACUCCACCCGCUUGUCGUCCCGAGUGCACCUCGAACUCCGAUUGUGCUCUGGACAAAUAUUGCCUGAAUCUCAAGUGUCGCGAUCCCUGCCCAGGGGCAUGCGGCAUUCGUGCCAUCUGCCACGUGCAGAGCCACAGUCCCCGCUGUCUGUGUCCGCCCCAUCUCACGGGUAACCCCUUGCUCUCGUGUCAGCCCAUAGUUUUGCCACCACCACCUCCUCGCGAUGAAGUAAACCCAUGUCUGCCCUCGCCUUGUGGUCCCCACUCUGAAUGUCAGGCCACGCCAGGCGGCUCUGCCCGCUGCUCGUGUCUGCCCGAGUACUCCAGGGGCACACCACCCCACUGUCGGCCAGAGUGCGUGAGCAGCGCUGACUGCCCCGCCGACAAGGCGUGCCGCAAUUACAAGUGCAGCGAUCCCUGCCCCGGCAGCUGCGGCCAACUGGCACUCUGUCGUGUGGUGGCUCACAGUCCCGUCUGCUACUGCCCCGAGGGCUAUGUGGGCAAUGCCUACAGCAUUUGUGCACGUCCCGAGCCUCCCGUGAGGGAUGUGGCUGUGCCUAAGCCUGUGCCCUGCCAGCCCAGUCCCUGCGGCAUCAAUGCCAUUUGUCGGCCCCACCAUGACAUUAGUGUGUGCCAGUGCCUGCCCGAUUAUUACGGCAAUCCCUAUGAGAUCUGUCGCCCCGAGUGCACAGUGAACUCGGAUUGCAGUAGCGACCGAGCGUGCCUCGGCGAGAAGUGUCGCGAUCCCUGUCCCGGUGCCUGCGGCCCCAAUGCCCAUUGUCUGGCCAUAAACCACAGCCCUGUCUGCGAGUGCCAUGGGGGUUACAUUGGCAAUCCCUAUCUCGCAUGUCAUCGGCUACAGCAUGAACCCACGCCACCGGAAUACGUGAAUCCUUGCCAGCCAUCGCCGUGCGGUGCCAAUGCCCAGUGUCGCGAGUCCCAGGGCCAGGCUAUAUGCUCCUGUCUGCCCGAAUUUGUAGGCACGCCGCCCGCCUGCCGUCCCGAGUGUGUGAUCAGUGCCGAGUGCCCAGCGGACAAGGCGUGCAUCAAUCAGAAGUGCCAGGAUCCCUGUCCCAGCGCCUGCGGUCUGAAUGCCCAGUGUCAUGUGAGGAAUCACAGCCCGCUCUGCUCGUGUCUGCCCGGAUUCACGGGCGAUGCCUUGACCCGCUGUCUGCCUAAUCCCCCACCACCGAAUCCAGCAAAGUCAGAGGACACUCCUCGUGAUCCCUGCUAUCCCUCGCCCUGCGGACCCUAUGCCCAGUGUCGCGCGGUGAACGGAGGAGCCAGCUGCAGCUGCCUGCCCAAUUAUGUGGGCGCUGCGCCCAACUGCCGGCCCGAGUGCACCAUCAAUGCGGAGUGUCCCAGCAACCAGGCGUGCAUCAACGAGAAGUGCCGCGAUCCCUGUCCCGGCUCCUGUGGCUUCGAUGCACUCUGCAACGUGAUCAAUCAUACACCGAGCUGCUCAUGUCCCAGUGGCUAUACCGGAGAUCCAUUCACCAGCUGCCGGAUUGUGCCACCAACCCCUCCUCCGACGACUCCCAUCUCCGAUCCCUGCCAGCCGUCACCCUGCGGCGCCAAUGCCCAGUGCCGCGAUGGCCAGUGCUCGUGUCUGCCCGAAUAUCAGGGUGAUCCGUACACCGGCUGCCGGCCCGAAUGCGUCCUGAACUCGGACUGCCCGAGGAACCGGGCGUGUGUGCGGCAAAAGUGCGUGGAUCCCUGUCCCGGAAACUGUGCACCGAAUGCCCUCUGCGACGCCGUCAACCACAUUGCAAUGUGCCACUGUCCCGAGCGGAUGACGGGCAAUGCCUUUGUCUCCUGCUCCCCGCUGCGCGAUGAACCCCCAGCGCGUCCGCCAAAUCCCUGCCAGCCAUCACCGUGCGGAGCCAACGCCCAAUGCCUGGAGAGAAACGACGUGGCCAUCUGCUCCUGCCUGGCGGGCUACUUCGGUCAGCCGCCCAACUGCCGACCAGAGUGCUACGCCAGCUCCGACUGCUCCCAGGUGCACGAGUGCAUCAACCAGAAGUGCGUGGAUCCCUGUCCUGGCAAGUGUGGCCUCAAUGCCGUCUGCCAGGCGGUGCAGCACAGAGCCCACUGCGAGUGCAGUGCCGGAUACACCGGCAAUGCCUACUCCCAGUGUCAUCUGCUGAUUGUGCGCAAACCCGAAAGCAAUGCUGUGCGCGAUCCCUGCUACCCAUCGCCCUGCGGCCCCAACUCCCAGUGCAGCAAUGAGAAGGGUCAGGCGCAGUGCCGCUGCCUGCCAGAGUUCCAGGGCACGCCCCCGAACUGCCGACCCGAGUGUGUCAGCAACGACGAGUGUCCCAAUACCCUGGCGUGCAUCAAUCAACGUUGCACCGAUCCCUGUCCCGGCAGCUGUGGCCAGAACGCCCAAUGCGUGGUCCGGCUGCAUACGCCCAACUGUCAGUGCCCCAGCGGCAUGACCGGGGACCCCUUCCGCCUGUGUCAAAAACCACCAUUGCAAGAGCCACCAACGACACCGAAGAACCCUUGCUAUCCAUCGCCCUGCGGCACCAAUGCCAACUGCCGCGUGUCCGGCCAGAGCUAUGUGUGCGAGUGCAGCCAACAGGAGUACAUUGGUAAUCCCUACGAGGGCUGCCGCCCCGAGUGCGUGGGCAACUCCGAGUGUCCCGCGAACAGGGCCUGUGUGCGCAACAAGUGCGUGGAUCCCUGCCCGGGAGUUUGCGGCCUGGAGGCCAUGUGCAACAUGAACAACCACAUACCCAUCUGCUCCUGCCCGGCUGGCUACACGGGCAAUGCCUUUGUGCAGUGCACGCGAAUGCUGGCCCCACCGCCAGUCUCCGAUCCCUGCUACCCGUCGCCAUGUGGACCCAAUUCCGUGUGUCGUGUGCAGAGCGAGAAGGCUGUGUGUGAGUGCUUGCCAGGAUUCUUUGGCAAUCCGCUGGCCCAGGGCUGUCGCCCGGAGUGCACGCUGAGCUCGGACUGUGCCAAGGAUAAGGCCUGCAUCAAUGCCAAGUGCGUGGAUGCCUGCGUGGGCGAGUGCGGCUACGGAGCCGUGUGCCAGACCAUCAACCACAGCCCCGUCUGCAGUUGCCCCGCCAACAUGGUGGGCAAUCCGUUCGUCCAGUGCGAGGCACCUCGCCAAGCGGAGCCAGUGGAUCCUUGCAACCCGUCACCGUGCCGCAGCAAUGGCAUCUGCCGUGUCCACAAUGGCGCUGCCACCUGCAGCUAUCCCGAGUGCGUGAUCAACGAGGACUGCUCCCGCGAUCGCGCUUGUGUCAACCAAAAGUGCCGCGAUCCCUGCCUGCAGGCUUGCGGCUUGAAUGCCAUCUGCCGUGCCAUCAAUCACAAGGCCGUCUGCAGCUGUCCCCCCGACUUCUACGGCUCGCCCUAUGCCCAGUGCCUGCGGCAAAUACCCCCACAGCUGGAGCAGCCGAAGCCGGAGUGUGUCAGCGAUGCGGAGUGCACCAACGACAAGGCCUGCAUCAAUCAGGUGUGUCGCAAUCCCUGCGAGCAGUCGAAUCUCUGCGCUCAGCAAGCUCGCUGCCAUGUCCAGCUCCAUCGUCCGCUGUGCGUCUGCAACGAGGGCUUCACGGGCAACGCUCUGCAGCAUUGCUACCUACUCGGCUGUCGCUCCGACACCGAAUGCGCACCCACGGAGGCCUGCAUCAACGAGAAGUGUGUGGAUCCCUGCGGCUUCACCCAGUGCGGCACAGGAGCCACCUGUCGCGCAGACUUCAAUCAUCGCGCGCGUUGCCACUGUCCGGAUGGAUAUCGAGGAAAUCCUCUGGUGCGCUGUGAGCGCCCCGAGUGCCGCAGCGACGACGAGUGCUCGUUCCAUUUGGCCUGCCGCAACGAGAGGUGCGAAGAUCCUUGCAACUGCGGCAUCGGUGCCCAGUGCCGUGUGGACAAUCAUCGUGCCCAGUGCCGCUGCCCGGCUGGCUUCAGUGGCAAUCCCGCCAUACGCUGUGACCUGGUGCCCGUGCAACCCGAGGGCUGCACCAUGGAUGCCGAGUGCCCCAGCAAGCUGGCCUGCUUCUCCGGCGAGUGCAAGAACCCUUGCGCCGUGACCCAUCCGUGCGGAGCGAAUGCCAUCUGCGAUGUGGUCGACACACUGCCCCUGCGCACCAUGACGUGCCGCUGUGAGCCUGGCUACGUGGGUGAUGCCGACAUUGGAUGUCGCAAAGAACCCGCUCAGGACCUUGGCUGCACAUCGCACGAUCAGUGCCAGGAUACGGAAGCCUGUCGCGCUGGCAACUGUGUCAAUCCCUGCCUGGAUGGCUCACCAUGUGCCCGUACCGCCCAGUGCCUGGCCCAGCAGCAUCGUGCCAUCUGCAGCUGCCCACAAGGCACCCAAGGAGAUCCGUUUACCAACUGCUAUCAGCCACCACAAAUCACAGCUGGCUGCACACACGACUCGGAAUGCACACCGACCACGGCGUGCAUCAAUAAGCGUUGCCAGGACCCAUGCGCCGAGGCCAAUCCUUGUGCCGGCAAUGCCGAAUGUCGUGUGCAGAACUCACGUCCCAUAUGCUACUGCCCAGCUGGUUGGGGCGGUGAUCCGCAAGUCCAAUGCUACAAACCUGAGUGCAAAAUCAAUGCUGAUUGUCCCUACGACAAGGCUUGUCUGAACGAGAACUGCGUGAAUCCCUGCACCCAUGGACAAGUGCGCUGCGGCAGUGGCGCUGAGUGCUUGCCACAGAAUCACCAAGCUGUCUGCAGCUGUCCGGCCGGCACUCAGGGCAGUCCCUUCGUGGCCUGCAUAACCGGCCACUGUCAGUACAACGAAGACUGCGCCGAUCACGAGGCCUGCGAUCGCCUUAACCGCGUUUGCCGACCCGUCUGCGAGCAGGAGACUUGUGCUCUGAAUGCCAUCUGUGUGGGACGACGCCAUCAGCCGCAGUGCGAGUGCCGUCCGGGAUACCUGGGCAAUCCGUUUGUCCAGUGCGAUAUGCCGCAACGUACCCCACAGUCGCCGGAGUGCACCCAGGAUGCCGAGUGUCCCUCGAAGCUGGCGUGCAUCAACGAACGCUGUGCCGAUCCCUGCGCCACUCCGCAUGUGUGCAGCCCACAGCAGACCUGUGCCGUGCUCGAUACCCUGCCACUGCGCACCAUGAUCUGCAAGUGUCCCAGCGACACGGUCACCGAUACUUCAGGCAACUGUGUGGCCAUCAGGCGACCCAUUGCUCCGCCCAGCGGUGGCUGCCAGCACAGCUCCGAGUGUGCCAAUCCCGAGGUGUGUUCGAAUGGCAACUGCGUGGACGCCUGCCGUCUGGAGAAGUGCGGCUCCAAUGCCCAGUGCACCUCGCGGGAUCACUAUGCUCAGUGCAGCUGUCCCGCUGGUUAUCAAGGCAAUCCCCGCAUCGAGUGCUACUCCACGGAGAUUGGCCUGCCAAAGAGCCCAGAGCCAGGCUGUACGCGUGACGACGACUGCCCCAGAGACAGAACCUGUCGCAACGAAUUGUGCGUAAGUCCAUGUGCUGCGGAUGCCUGCGGCAUUGGUGCCUACUGCCAUGUGCAGCAAAGAAAGGCCAUCUGCCGCUGCCCACCAGGCUACACGGGCAAUCCCAAGGAACGCUGUCUGCCACCUUCCGAUGUGAUAACUGUUGGCUGCAAGUCCAGCAGCGAUUGUCCUGUGACAGAGGCCUGCAUCAAUGCCCAGUGCAUCAGUCCGUGCAACUGCGGACCGAAUGCCGAGUGCACCGUCAAGAACCAUCAUCCCAUCUGCUACUGCAAGCCAGGAUUCUCUGGCAAUGCUCAGUUUGGUUGCGUGGCCAUUGGCUGCCAGUCGGAUGACGAGUGCAGUGGCGACAAGCAGUGCUUGAAUCGCGAGUGCAUCAAUCCCUGCCUGGUGGUCGAUCCGUGUGCCUUGAAUGCCGAAUGCUAUGGACGCAAUCAUCGUGCCAAUUGUCGCUGUCCCGCCGGCCUGGAGGGAGAUCCGUUCGUGCGCUGCCUGCGCCUCGAAUGCCACUCGGACUAUGACUGUGCCUCGAACCUCGCCUGUGUUUCCAACCAAUGUGUGGAUCCGUGUGGCCUGCAGAAUCCCUGCGCCCAGAAUGCCAUCUGCCAGGCGCUGCAACAUCGUGCCGUCUGUCGCUGUCCGGAGCAAAUGCCUCUGGGCAAUCCGUAUGCCUACUGCGAACGCCGACCCGUUGAGCCUGUGUGCCGCGAUGACGGCGACUGCCCCAGCGGUCUGGCCUGCAUCGAUGCCAAGUGCCAGAACCCUUGUACCGAACUCUCUCCCUGCGCCCGCACCGCUCAGUGCAGUGUCCUCGACAGUGUACCGGUGCGGACGAUGGUCUGCGAGUGUCCCGAGUCCCAGGUGCCGGAUGCCAGUGGCGAGUGCCGUCAACUGGUGCUGGCCAGUCCACCGGGCUGUGAGAGCGACCAGGAUUGUCCCGACCAGGAGGCGUGCAUCCAUCGCCAGUGCCGCAAUCCCUGCAACUGUGGCACCAAUGCCAUCUGCCAGGUGACCCAACAUCGUGCCGUUUGCAGCUGCCAGGAUGGCUUCGAGGGCAAUCCCUAUGCCGCCUGCCGAUCGAUCGGCUGCCGCGUGGAUGGGGAAUGCGAUUCGGGCAAGGCCUGCAUCAACGGCGACUGCAUCAAUCCCUGCCUCAUCAACGAUCCCUGCGGACCCAAUGCCGAGUGCUUCGUCCAGUCGAAUCACGCCCAGUGCCGCUGCCUCAGCGGAUACCGCGGCAACCCAUACGAACGCUGCCGCAUCAUCGGUUGCAGCAGCAACAACGAUUGCCCCACGGACAAGACCUGUCAGAACGAACAAUGCGUCAAUCCCUGCGUCUACCACAAUGCCUGUGCCCCGCGUGCCGAGUGCCGCCCACAGAACCACUUGGCCGUCUGUCGCUGUCCGUCCGACCACGUCGGCAAUCCCUACGUGGACUGCCGUCCACAGCCACAGCCCGUCUGCGUGCUGGACACGGACUGCCCCUCGCGACAGGCCUGCAUCAACGAACAGUGCGUGGAUCCGUGCCUCGUGCUGGAGCCUUGCCAACGCCCGGCCCAGUGCCAGGUGACGCCCACGUCCCCAGUACGCACGAUGAUCUGCAUCUGCCCCGAUGGCUACAUCAGCAGCGGAAGUGGCAGCUGCAAGCCCACCACCGGCAUCGUCAAGGUGGGCGGCUGCGUCUCGGACUCAGACUGUGCCGCCGACAAGUCCUGCCUGAAUGGCAUCUGCCGCGAUCCAUGCAACUGCGGCGUGAACGCCGAGUGUCGCAUCAAGGACCACAAGCCAGUGUGCACGUGUCGCCAGGGCUACGAGGGCAAUCCCGAGUUCGAGUGCGCCAAGAUCGAGUGCAACAUCAAUGCGGACUGCCCCGGCACCCAUGCCUGCCGCAACCAACUCUGCGUGCCCGCCUGCCAGGGCGAGCAAUGCGGCACGAAUGCUCAGUGUCUGGCCAUCAACCAUCGGGCCGUGUGCGAGUGCGCACCAGGACAUGGUGGCAAUGCCCGUCUGGGCUGCACACCACUGGGCUGCCGCACCGACGACGAGUGUCCCACGGACAGAGCGUGUGUGAACGGCAAAUGCAACGAUCCCUGUGCAACAACGGCCAUCUGUGGCCGCGAAGAAGUCUGCAAGGUGUACCAGCACCGACCACAAUGCGCCUGCCCUGCCGGCACUGUGCCCGGACGCAAUGGCUGCGAGACAGAACGCCAUGCGCCCAUCUGCAUCAGCGACGGCGACUGCCCCAGCCAGAGGGCGUGUCUGCGUGGAGAGUGCGUCAAUCCCUGCAAUGCCACGCAGCCGUGCGGCGUCAAUGCCGAGUGCCGCGUGCGCGACACCCUUCCAGUACGAACGAUGAUCUGUGAGUGCCUCGAGGGCUACACCGGCAAUGCGGCGGUGCAGUGCGACAAGCGAUCGCUCUGCGUCAUCGAAAAGGGCUUCGUGCGCGACGUGGACGGACAGUGUGUGUGCCCACCGGGCACCGCUCUGGACAUUUACGAGUACUGCACCCCCUGCCAGGUGGAGCAAGGCUUCCGCAUCGACGAGAGCGGCCAUUGCGUGUGCGCUCUAGAGCGCGGCAUGGUCAUCGAUGAGCGUGGACGCUGCACCUGUCCCAUUGAGCUGGGCUACCGCCUGACUCCCAGAGGAGAGUGCCAGCCGGAGGAGCCACCAGAGUGCACCACCAACGACCAGUGCGCGGAUAAUAGAUACUGCAAUCUGGAUACCAAGACCUGUGAGGAUCCCUGCCUGACCAAGGUGUGCGGAGUGAAUGCCUUCUGCAAUGCCGUCAACCAUCGUGCCCAGUGCCAGUGCAUUACGGGCUACACGGGCAAUCCGGAGCUGCAUUGCAACCACACCAACUUCCGCACCGACUUCCCCAGACCCGACAUGGUCGUCAGCUGCCUGGCCGACGGCGUUCAAGUGGAGAUUCACAUCACAGAGCCCGGCUUCAAUGGCGUCCUGUACGUGAAGGGCCACAGCAAGGAUGAGGACUGCCGACGUGUCGUCAAUCUGAAUGGAGAGACGGUGCCACGCACCGAAAUCUUCCGCGUGCACUUCGGCACCUGUGGCAUGCAGGCGGUGAAGGAUGUGGCCAGCUUUGUUCUGGUCAUCCAGAAGCAUCCCAAACUUGUCACCUACAAGGCCCAGGCAUACAACAUCAAGUGCGUCUACCAGACGGGCGAGAAGAACGUCACCUUGGGCUUCAACGUCUCUAUGCUGACGACAGCUGGCACCAUUGCCAACACCGGACCGCCGCCCAUCUGCCAGAUGCGCAUCAUCACCAACGAGGGCGAGGAGAUCAAUUCGGCCGAAAUCGGCGACAAUCUCAAGCUGCAAGUGGAUGUCGAGCCAGCCACUAUUUAUGGUGGCUUUGCUCGAUCCUGCAUUGCAAAGACCAUGGAGGACAAUGUCCAGAACGAGUAUCUGGUCACAGAUGAGAACGGCUGUGCCACGGACACGAGCAUCUUUGGCAACUGGGAAUACAAUCCGGACACCAACAGUCUGCUGGCCAGCUUCAAUGCCUUCAAAUUCCCCUCGAGCGACAACAUACGAUUCCAGUGCAACAUACGCGUCUGCUUCGGCCGUUGUCAGCCCGUCAAUUGUGGUGGCUACAAUGCCUUUGGGCGUCGUCGUCGCUCCAUAACUGACAACUCGACCGACACGACUGCCAUUGCCACCAACUCGGGAGUUGAGGGUCAGCUGCGCGAGGAGAUCACCAUCUCAUCGAAUGCCAUUCUCACAUUCGAGAAGCGCAGCGGUCCAGGCCUGAAUGAUGCCAACAUCAAACCGGCGGCACAGCGAGUGGAGGAUAUUUGCGUAUCGAUGGUGGGACUCAUCAUUGCUUUGGUCAUUACGGCUCUAUUGGCUCUUGUGGCCGUCGCCGUGGCCGUCUCCUGCUGGCUAAUGGCCUACAGAAGGCGACCCAAGACCAUUGCCCCACUGCCACAUCCACCAGAGUUCCCCAACCCGCUCUUUGCCAAUCCCGACGCUGUGCCCGAGCCAACGCCGGACUACAUCUCCUAAACACUACACUGAAUUAAACAAACACACACACCUAGCUAUAACAACUUAGACGCUAAGAAAAAAAGAAAACUACCAGAGAAAAAGGGUAAUAUUUUCACAGAAUUAUAAAUUAAUGUGAAUAUUUGAAAGGCACGUGCAAAAAGUUAUGCAAAAUGAAAACAAAAUCGAACGAUAUUUCAAUGAAAAUGUGAAGAGUGAAUCAAAGAAAAACAAAAGUAUAUUUGUGAGCCGUAAAACGAAUGAAAAAUGAAAAAUGAAAUUGUAAAAAGCGAGAAAUGUAUGCAAACAAAAUGCAUGCAGAUAAUUAUAGUAGUUUAAGAGAAUAAUUUUAUUAUUUUGUAUUAACAUUUAGUGUUCUCUCUCACUUCCCCACUAAUAUGAGAAUUUUGCGUAGUGUAGCAGAGUAUUUAGCUUCCAGCAUAAAUAUGUAGUAUCGAAUCCAGGAACUGCCAAAAUAGGAGAAGCGGGGGUACACAGAGUGCAGCUACAAACGAAUUCUCGUCCUCUAACGACAACUUCUUCAUUAGUCGAUUAUCAAUAUUAAUAUUCUGUUAUAAAAGUACGAGUAUGCUCGUAUUUAACGUAUGACUAAAGACUUCCUAUAAAUAUUUAGGGUGUGGGUAGUACCAACGACACUUUGUAUUAUAGCACAGAAACAAACACACACACACACACUUCCUGUAACUUUAAACGUGAACUCAACUCGCCUUUUAAAAUUGAAAACUGCCUUGAUUUUCCAACACAGACGAACAAUGCACCACAGAAUACUCUUUCUCUCUUCAGCAGUAUGUAAGAAAUCGUCGAACCUUUCGCUUGUGCCAGCUAUAACCACUUGACAAUAUGGCAACGAUUGUCUUUGAUGGAUUGUACAAGAGCUCAAGAGUUGAACACACACACACACGCACUCAGAUACACAAACUCUAAGCUCGAGGCACACGGAAAGAGUUCUAGGAAGGAGAUGAAUAACCUUUAACUGCCACUGAGGCGUCAAACAGCGCACAAAAACGAUACAUACUGUCCAUUUAAUGCAUAGGAAAUACUAGGUUUGUUUUAAUUUUAAUUGCAAAGACGACGACUAAUGGAGGAUUUGAUUUUGAACACUGUCCACCCACGACUACUUACCACUGUACUCACUGUACCACUAGCCUCUACUACGGUUAACCAAUUAUUUUUGUAGUUUCUUAGUCAAUUAAUAUUAAAUUGUUGUGAUUGUUUUUAAUGCAAAAGAGAUACUUCCACUAAACUUACUAAUACAUAGGGAGCCAAGUAUAUAGAGUACUUUAAAAGACAACGAACCAGUGCGCCCUUCCGCCCCUUCAACACCUCCAACUACUAAAGUUUCCGUCAAGUAGAGUCCGCGGCUAUCGACGCGCCGGAAACCAUGCAGCGAAUUUUAGUUUCCGAUGCCUGUUCAUAGAGCGUGACUGUACUUGUUGGGAGUUCAUUUAGAAUAUAGGGAAAUAAAGGGGGGAAUGAACAGCCUGGAUAAUUAAAUUAUUCAAAUGAAGUUUUAAAUUAAUAUUAUUAAACGUAAACAAAAUGUAUAGUCACUACUUUAAGCCGAACGUGAAGCGUUGAGAGACAGAAGAGCACUUCUUUAUAGUGAAAUACCAUAAAAAAAAUAUAUAAAAACUCGCACUCAGACACACGUACACAAAGAGACAGACAUUGUAAAUAAUACGCAGGCAGCAAAACUCUAUGGUAUUUUAGGUAGCGCAUUAUUGUGUAUAGGUUUCCAAACUUUGAUCCCAUCCCAAAACUAAACCCGUUCCAUGCCAGGCAUAAAAUUAUUUUCUUAAUUCCACAACCACAUGGGCGCACUUCGAUGUACCUAAGCGAGUGCACAAA